CAGCGGAUUGAAAACGCGGAGCGACAGAGUCGGCGCCGGGGCAUAAUGUGAUAAACCCGCCUGCCCAACAAACAAAAUAAUAAAAGCAACCAAAACCCAAUUUGAAUCUUUUUUCGGGGGCAGUGAGAACUGCGAGUGUUUAUACGAAAUACAAAAAUCUUACCUAACCGCGUGAGAUAAUCUCAUGUGCGCUCGCAUUGUCUCCUAAUAAAAACCCCAGAGCCCCCCGAAAGCUCCAAGUGUUAACCAUAAAAACCAGGAGAAGCGUGUUGUGUGAUUUGCUUUUAAGCAAAUUAAAGUUGAAUUACGUGUGCGCCGAAAAAAAAAGAAGAAACUGAAGGCCAUUCAAGGGUUGUUCAAAGGAAAAUUUGGAAAUUUGGCUGGCAAAGGAAAAGUCACGAAAAGUCCGUGUGUGUGUUUUUUGUGUGUGCGUUGCGUGAGAAAAAUCAAUUCUGCAUUUUGUGGAAAUUCGAAGGAGAGGAGAGAGAGAGACAAAAGAGAAGAGAGCAGUGAGACCAGGACAGGACCCACAAGGAAAACCCAGUAACCGAUGACAAUUUGGCUUGACAAGGGGCAAUUAGCAAAACCAAUGCCAUUAUGGCUGAUAGAGGAGAUCCAGGAUCCAAGCACAAGGAUCCAACAACAACAACCGUAGAUGCCGGCGGAGGACAGGCAGCGGGCGGAGGCGAUGACGUGCCUCCUCCAAUCCCAGCUGUUCGCCGGCGUCGUGCGCAUGAGCACAAGCAGUCCUCGAGAGAACAACUGGACGAGGAAGAGCAGGUUCGGAGUCAGGAGAGUCAACAGCUGGAGACAUCGACGGUGACGCGUACUUAUAUGAAAACCAUCACCACUUCCCUGACCACGUCGAGUAGCUCCAACCGGGAGGAGUUUGUGCUGGAGGAGCCCUCUCCUUCGCCAAACCAACAAAGAUUGCGUCAGAAGGUGGCUCAGUAUGAAAAAGUAUGGUCGGAGGGCUCCAAUCCUGUCAAGCGACCGGCCGAGCAGAGCUCGGAUGAGUUGCGUCUGGCCGAUGACCAACAGGAUGACUUUGAUGCCGAGAAUCCCUUUGAGAUAGACGUCCAUGAGAUUGAGCGACGACUGCGACAGGAGCGGCAGCGCGGCUUGGCAGAAGCGGAGGCAGCCAAAUUGGCUUUCCAACAGGUCCAACUCCGGCACACGACUCCUCCACCUCAGCUGCCGCCGCGACGAGUGGAGGUGACCAGCGAGCAGGUAGCUAGUCCUUUUAACGUAACCCUCCGCACCACGAGUCGUAUGAGUCCUGGGGCGGAGCAGGGCAACGUGGAGGAGCAGCUGUCGCCGUUCAAUGUGACCCUGAGAACCACUCGUAGGACCAAGAAAAAGGAGGUCAAGGAACUGGAAAGCUUCCUCGAAGGCGAAAGAACUGUGCGUGAAGUGCCCUCAGCGGAUGGAGUUCGCACCAUCAUUACCUCCUCGAUGACCAGCGAUGGUGGCUAUGCCGAGGAGAAGAUCUAUCGCCACGGUGAGGGCUAUGUAUCGCCUAGGGAUUCACCCUCUUGGUCGCGUUCCAGUUACUCCAGCGAGCGUUCCAGUGUGACGCCUCCGAGGAGCGUAGAUCUAACCGCCGGCGGACGAAGGAUUCUGAUCAAACUGGAGCAGGAAAGUGAACUGGCAGAAGCUGAUAGCCAACUAAGGGACGAAACCGAUUCGUUUGGUGGUCGCCAGGAGUUGUCCAUGGCAACGGGCGGCAACAUUGACAUUACCGUCGGUGGUAGCAACCCCCGCCGGCGUUUAUACCAGCAAACAACUGUCCAGGUGGGUGGCAACGCCGCCGCCGAGCCAACCCUAACCCCCCAAAGGCAGCGGCCCAGGGAACUAGCACUGGGCACCACGAAGACAAUGCUAACAUCCACGCCAAUUGGCACGAAGGAGCAACCGCAAACGGGUCCGAAAACUCAAGUUAGUCCAGCUGCAACGUGCCAAUUGCGCGGUUCUUCGACGGAAGAGCCCCGGAAAAUUGUAAGCCACAAAACGAUAACCAGCACAACGACCAAGUCCACUUCAUCCUCCUCCUCCACGUCGCGCAAAUUAAUCGAAUACGAAUCGGGAUCCGGAUCCGGGAAUAUCUCGCAGAUACGUAUGGAAAAUAUAACCGCGAGUGACAACGACAUUGUCGAUAACGAUUCGGAUACGGAGGGCAGGCCGGCCAGCAGUAUAGUGAUUGUGUCCACGCCCACGCGUUCCCAUACACCGGCACCGGCAACCACAUUCAUAUCUGCACCAACGGCAUCCGCGUCGCCCAUUACGCCGCACUGUUCGACAGCUGCCCACGCCCUCAGCGGCAUUGGCACUUUCAGCAAGAGUCUGCGCCAGGAUUAUCAGACUCUAGCAACGCAAAGUGGCCGCAGCAACGAAUCGCCCAGCGACCAGGAAUACCAGGAGUUCCAGUCCACCAUGGCUUCGAUCAAUUACGCACGGAGCAAUUCCCAGUACGAUUGUCAUAUCAAGGAGAAGAGAGAGGAGCAAGAACGUGUGCAGAAGAAGACAUUCACUAAUUGGAUUAAUUCAUACCUACUGAAGCGUGUUCCACCGCUUCGUAUUGAUGAUUUAAUCAAUGACUUACGCGAUGGUACUAAACUAAUCGCAUUGCUUGAAGUUCUGUCCGGCGAACGCCUGCCCGUGGAGAAGGGCCGCGUCCUAAGACGUCCACAUUUCCUUAGCAAUGCCAACACGGCCCUGCAAUUUUUGGCCAGCAAACGUAUCAAGUUGGUUAAUAUUAAUCCCGCAGAUCUGGUGGAUGGGAGACCACCAGUUGUGCUGGGCUUGAUAUGGACAAUCAUCUUGUACUUCCAGAUCGAGGAGAAUAGCCGCAACCUAGAAUAUUUGGGUCAUGGUAUUGGCGGUUCGGUUAGUUCCCUCGACAGCGUUGGCAAUCAGAAGCAUGGCGAUCUUAAGGCUGAGAAAUGGAAGCAGGGCGCCAGGAAGACCCUGCUUAACUGGGUUACCAAUGCCUUGCCAAAAGACAGUGGUGUGGAGGUUAAGGAUUUCGGCGCCAGCUGGAGAGAUGGCGUCGCCUUCCUUGCCCUUAUUGAUGCCAUCAAGGCGAAUCUGGUCAACUUGGCUGAGCUAAAGAAGACCAGCAAUCGUCAGCGUUUGGAGACUGCUUUCGAUGUGGCCGAAAGCAAGCUGGGCAUUGCCAAGCUCUUAGACGCUGAGGAUGUGGAUGUACCCAAGCCGGACGAGAAGAGUAUCAUGACAUAUGUGGCGCAAUUUUUGCACAAGUAUCCCGAACCAAAGGGUGCUUCUCGCGAUCAGUCGCAUGCGCAACAGGAGGCGGACGAGCUGCGUCGCUUCCUGGUGGAAAAGACCACCGAAUACGAGCCCAUGGUCAUGAUGAGCUCGUUCCCACGUGAUUUCGGUGAAUAUCUUCUGGCACGUUCGGAAGUCGAUGCCCAUUUGCCGGCCUACAACCGCCUGAAGCAGCUUAUCGAAAGCCAGAGCGGCUUCCUGCAGGUUUCCCGGCAAUCUUGGGAUGAAAUCAACGAGCUGUGGCAGCGCCUCCAGUACCAGAUGAUGUACUGGCUCUGGCUGCUGGAUUCGGAGCUGCCCGGCGACUUUGGCACCGUUGGCAAAUGGCUAGCCGAAGCCGAGAAACUAUUAAUGGACAAUGAGAUACCCAAUGCCAUGAAUGAGGAGACGGCCGCUGUGAUCAGCAGGAAGCUGGAGGAGCACAAGCUCUUCUUUGCCGAUUUGCCCCGAAUUUUGGCCAUGUUUGACAAUGCUAAGCGAUCACCUUUGGCCCAGCAGAUUCCCUUGGAGCAGCUGCGCAACAUGGAGCGUCGUCUACAAGAAGUGGGACCCAAGGCCGCGGAGCGUAGAAUCCGUUUGAAGUUCCUGGAGCACAAGUGCUGCCUGAUUGCCUUCUUGAAUCUGGUGGAGAACAAGAUGCGCGGCUGGACGGGCAAGUAUGGGCAUGAGGAGAAGGUCGCCCAACAGCUGGAGCAGUACAAGAACUUUGUGUCGCGCAAUAAGAUUUUCCAGGAGUUCCAAAAGGCCUUCGUGGACAUGCAACAGGUGGUGGAUGAGUACAAGCGCGAGGGCAAUGUUCCACGCAAGGACAUCAACGAUAUUGAUAGGUUUAUGUACGAAACCGAAGAGCGCUGGAAGCGUGUCUCCAUGGAGCUUAAGUGUUGUCAGAACUCGCUGGAGGAAGUCGUGAACUGCUGGCGCAGCUGGAAUCAAUUGGCCCCAACCUGCGAGGAGUGGCUUUUGCUGGCCGAGCAGAAGGUGAAUCAAAGCGAGGAUGAGCGCCUGGACUUCUUCCAGGACAUACCCGUGUGGAAGGACAAGUUCGAUGCUUUGGCCAACUCUGCCAACUAUCUGAUUGCCUCCUGCGAAGAGCCCAUUGCCCAGCAGCUGCGUCAACGCCAUGGAGCUCUCUCGGAGCGUUUUGAGCGCCUGUUUGCCAACACCAAGCAGUACAUGCAUGCUGGCGAUAUUAUACGCUCCCGUCAGGAGUACAAAUCUGGCAUCGAACAGCUCUCUAAAUGGUUACGUGGAGCGGAAAGUGUUCUAGACCAGCGUCAAGUCCUGGGAAACUCCGACCAAAUCAAGCAAUACGGCCAGCAGCUUCAGCAACUCGCCAGCGAGAUCGAUGACAAUGAGGAGCUGUUCAAGACCAUCAGCAGGAAUUUCCAAGCCUUGAUACAGGAUCUAUCACGCGACGAGGUGGACAAGAUGAUGAAGCUGCUCAAGCUGGAGAAGGAAUCCCUGGUGCGCAUACGCGCUCAGUUACCUGCCAAGCUGCAUCUUUUCCAUCAGCUGCAGAUCCAACAGGAAUCCUUGGAGGCGGGACAAAAGGAGAUUCACCAGUGGCUAAGUGAGGCGGAGCAACUCCUGGGCACCCACAAUCUCUCCGGAGGACGUGAUGCCAUCAAUGAGCAGCUGCACAAGCACAAGACCUACUUUUCGCGCACUGUCUACUAUCGUUCCAUGCUGGAGAGCAAGAACAAGGUGUUCCAGAAUCUACUAAAGGCAGUGGCUGCAGACGACAAGAUUGAUACGGCGCCCGCCUCUCAGCAAAUGCAACAGCUGAACGAACGCUUUAAUUAUGUGAUUCAGAACGCCCAGCAGUGGGAGCAGCGCUUGGAUUCAGCCGCCGGAGGUUGGAGCAACUUCAAGGACAACGAGCGAAGGGUUAGCGAGUGGCUAACCCAGGCAGAAUCCAUGCUGGUGGAGAAGCACAUUGAGUCGAAGACCACCAUUGAGACGCAGAAGUAUUUCUUCGAGCAGGUCAACGAUCGCUGGAUGAACGAUCUGGUGCAAUCAGCUCAACAGCUUCUGACCACCCUGCCCGCCCAGGAACAACCUGCUGUGGUGCGAAGCGUCGAGGAACUGCAAACCCGUUGGAAGAAUGUCUUAUCCCAGGCUCCCUUACAUCUCCUGAAACUUGAGUUCCGACUGGACGAAAACGCCUUCUAUCAGUCCUUCAAGGAUGUGGAGAAGGAGUUGCAGCUGGAACAGCAGGCUCUCAAUCGCAACGAGGAUGUGGACUCUAUACUGCAGCGUAACCAGCAGUUCCUUAUGCAGCAGGAUGCGGUGCCUCGAGUGGAGCGCUGCCUGCAAAACAUGCAACGUUUGGCUCAGGCUCACCGCCAACAGCAACCCGGCGAUAUUAGCCUGGACCAGGCCUACGACAAUGCCAAGUCCCAGUGGGAGCUGUUGUCCAACAAGCUGGGCGACAUGCGACAGACCCUGCAGCAAAUCCCAGCCCAAUGGCAGGGCUAUCAUGUGAAGUUCAACGACAUGGUUCAGUGGAUGAACAGCGUGGACCAGAGUCUGAAGAAUAUCGUCAACGAAGUAAACACUAUGGAGGAGUUUGAAAAGGAGAAGGUUGUCUUCCAGCUGAGGGAGCUAGUGAAAAUCUGCCAAGAUGCGGACAACAAACGUGAAGAUAUGAAAUGGCUUGUCAAGACCUUGGACUCACUGCUUAGCUAUGCCACCGAAGAUGAGGCCAAUCUGGAGCAGAAAAAACUGGAAGAUCUAAUCGCUCGCUACAAGAACCUCAUACCAACCAUUGAGAUCACCAUGGUCAAGACGGAGGUCUUCUCCAAGUGCUACACCUACCGACGAGAAGUUCACGAAGUGGUCUGCCUGCUGACCAAGGUCAAGGAUCAGACGGCCAACAUCCCGGCGCCCGAUAGUCUGGAGCGUGUGAAUCGUAUGAUUGAAGAGCAGCAGUAUGCCAUCAAUCAGCUGGAUCACCAGCGUCCGCACAUCAUGUCUAUGCUACAGCGAGGACGUGAUCUCAGCAAGGAUGUCCAUGCCCCAGCCUUUGUGAACACUGAGGUGAAGAAUCUAGAAACUGGAUGGAAUCAGGCCUACACCGAGACCUCUGACAAGCUGCAAGCCCUCAAGGGCACCCAGGCGGUGUGGAGCGAGUUCGUGGAUCAGAAGAACGACAUCUUCUCCAUGUUGCAAACGGCUGAGACCGAACUUCGCGCCCUUACACCCCUCCAAACCGACCCGAAGAACGUGAGUCAGGAUUUGAAGUCAAAGAGGGAUCUCAAUGUGCAGCUGCAGCAGGCCUCGCAUCAGCUUCUGCCCAAGUUGCAUGCUCUCAAAUCCGAGCUGGCACCGCUGGCUGCCGCCGACAAGCGUCCCAUUCUGGAGAAAGAGGUGACCGAGGUGGAGAAGAUGUUCUUCAACACCAUGGAGCAUGUCAAGGAUCGUGUGGGCUACUUGGAGGACUACAGUGCCAAGUGGAACAACUACAAGACCCGUCUGGCCGAACUCCAAGAAUGGGCCAACAAGGUGGCGCCCAAGAACAUCGAGGCCCUGCAGUCCGAGGAUCUCACACCGGAAGAGCGUGUGGUCAAGGUUCAGGCCUUCAAGCGUCUCCUUGGAGAUCGCAUGAAGCAACUGGAUCUACUGGCUGCCGAUGCUUCCGAAUUGGCACCCAAGGAGGGAAACAUUGCCGAGGCCAAGCGACUAAAGGGAGAAAUCACCAAGCUGCAGGAAGUACUCAGUGCCAUCAACCGAAAUGUGGAUCACCAAGCGCAAGCCGUGCAGGAGGAUCUCGUCAAUUGGCAGCAGUUCCAGGCCGGUCUGCAACAAAUCAAGCCAGCCGUGGAGCAAAGCGAAGUCAAGGUAAAUAAUGUAGUUUCUAAGCCCAUCUCCCUCGAAGAAGCCGUUGCCAUGCAACACAACGCCCAACAAUUCGAGACACAGUGCCAGGAGCAAUUGGACAAGCUCCAUGGCAUAUCAAACAUCAGUCAUAAAAUGUUAUGCAAGACCAAUGCCCCCGAUGAGCUGGACGCUAUGCAUUCCCGCUGGACGGCCGUCCACGAGAAUGCCAAGCAGGCGAGCGCCAAGCUCGAGAAAUUGGUGGCCAAUUGGAAGUCAUUCGACGCCGAUGCUGCCAAGCUCGAGGAUUGGGUUGGCCAGGGCGAGCAACAGAUGGCCAGGCGUCCAGCUGUCCUCAAUACCCCGCACAUUGAUAAGCUCGAAAAGGAGCUGGUCAAGCUGAAGUCCUUCAACAACGAGAUCUCGCAGCAGCAAGCGAAGCUGGUGACUCUGGGUCAGAAUGCCGAUCAGAUUAGUUUGCAUUUGGCACCCGAGGGCGCAGCGGCGCUUAAGGAUCGCGUCAACCAAAUGAAGGGCAAGCUUCAGAAGCUUUCGGAAACCACUCGCGGUCACAUCAACGAGGUAUCGGAUGCCAUUAUUUCCCGCCAGGAUUUCAAUGCCAAGUUGGUAAACUUUUCCAACUGGAUGGAACAGCUUCGUAACCAGGUGACUCAGGUGGAGGAAAUUAAUCCAGAGCGCGUGGAAACUAGUCUCCAUGUGAUCCAUGCCCUCCUGCAGGAACAUGCCGAUAAGAAGCCCAGCUUCAAUGCCAUCUACGAUGAGGUGAAGCAGCUGGCUUUAGGUGCCACUCCCGAGGAGUCAAACGCCCUGAAUGAUGCCUACACUGCUCUGGUGGUCAACUAUCAGAAUUUGGAAACAAAUAUGCUGCAGAAGAAGGCGGCUCUUGAAAAGUGGACCGAGCUUUUGGGUUGGAAGAACGACACGGAGUCGCAUUUGAAUUACCUGAAACACCAACUGGACAAACCAGAGGGACCGCCUGCCGAAGAGCUGACCAAGGUUAUAGCAGAGAUUGAUAACUUAGGACAGGGCCUGGGUUAUUGGAAGGGUCAGGCUAAGGAGAUUGACGAGAAUCCAGCCAUUCAGCUAAGGGAUGCCUUGUCUCGACGUCCACUAAUUGCCACCCAAAUUGUUAAUGAUGUGGAGAACAAGCUGGAGAACCUCAAGCUGCGCUCGCAAAAUCAACAACAGCAACUCCAACAGAUGACCGUGCGCAAGGACAAAUUCCAUGCUCUGGAGCACAACUUUGGCCAAGCCCUGCAAGAGAAUCGCGCCAAGCUGGACGAGAUUCUCAGGCAGCAUCCAACCCUAAACAACAUCGAUCAGAUUAUUGCAGAUUUGGUGGCUCUUAAUGAUGCCCUAAAAUACCAAGCAGACCUUAAGAAUCGCAUCCAUGACGAAGGUUCUUUGCUGAUGCGUGAGGAUAUUGCUAGCAUGCCCGCCAUUCAGGAGAGCCUUCUGGUCAUGGAUAAGAAUUAUGACUCGCUUCAGAAUGAGAUUGCCGAUCGCAUACAGAAAUAUAACUUGAUUAGCCAGGCCCUGAAGGAGUACGCCGACUCCAAGGACAGGUUCUCCAAGGAGCUGAAAAAGGCUGAGGAUCUAUUCAAUGCCAUACCCCAGCAGCCGCGUGAUGAAACUGAGCUCCAGCAGGCUUCCGAAAAGACCAGGAAGACCAUGGAGCAGCUGCGCAAGUCCAAGCUCAAUUUGGAUGAACUCGAACGACGGGGAAGCAAUGUUGGAAAACUAUUCAGUGCUAUUGGCGAGCCGAUACCUCAGGAAGUGCCACAGGAAGUGGCUGCUUCCAAGCAACAUUGGCAGGACUUGCACGACAAGACAGCCAAGAAUGCCCAUGUCUAUGAAACCGAGGCUGUUAUUUGGUCGCAGAUCGAAGAUGCCAAAAAGGAUUUGCUUCCUUGGCUGUCCGAGACGAAUCAGGGACUCUGUGAUGCUGCUGAUAACUCCAUAGAAAUUGAGUUUGGACCCAUGCGCUUGAGUAAAUACCGCACCGAGUUGCCUUCGUAUCAAGCUCUCAAGGAUUCCAUAGCCGAGAAAACCAAUGAUUUGGUGAAGAUCAACAAGGGUGCCGAUAUCCCUGCACUCUCUGCUCUUAAUAAACUCCUGAAUGAACAAUUUGCUGAAGUUCAAAAUAAUGCUGAUCGCUUGAGUGCUGUUACCACAUCGUUUAAUGACCAAGAACAGGAAUUGCGCAAGCGCUCCAAGGAAGCUGGCGAGCAAGUGAGCAAGCUCCGUGAGCAGCUCAUUAAGUGCGACGACAUGUCCGGCGAUAAUAACAAGAUCAUGGAGCGUCUCCUGCAAUGCCGCGCUUUACGUGGCCAACUGGACAAUAGCGGCAAUGAGAUCGACAACAUUAAACAGAAGGUCGACGAAUUGCGUAAUCUAUAUCCCACUUUCAGUGAGUCUAUCAUACCCAAGGAACUGAAUAAUGUCCAGAAACGCUAUGAGAACGUCGAUCUUUAUGCUAAAAAGAUUGAAAGUUCUUUGCUGCAGUUCCUCAAGAAGUUCCAUGCUGAUAAGGUGGGCAUGCUGAAGCGCAUCAUUGCCGCUCAACGCGAAAAGGUGGCUUGGUGUCAGCCAGAAUCGUCGAGCGACAAAUACAACCUGGAUGUGAAGAAGUCCUCAUUGCAGGAGGUAAGCAAGAGCAUAGACGAUUGCAAGGCGCGACAUGCUGAAACCUUGAAAUCCCUGGAAAUGCUGAAGGCUGUGGAAUCGCCACAGAAUCUGGCCGAACUUACCAGCGAUGCCGAGUUGCUGCACAACGACAUGAAGGCGCUUCAGGACAGCUUUGAUAAAAUUAAGGGCAUCCUCGAUGAAAAUGUCGAUUUGUGGUCUCAGUACGAGCAAUCGAACGAACAGAUAUCCAAUUGGCUGCGUGACGUUGAAGGACGUGUUAAGGCUGAAACAAGCAGUCAGGUCAACCUUCCUGAGGUACCACAAAAGCUUCAAGAAUUGGCCAUACUCCAACAAGAUGUCUUGGCCCAUGAGCCCAUAAUUACGAAUCUGGAGCAGACAUCUCAGCAACUGAUUGAAAAGAAUCCUGAGGCGCGUAUUGGACAGUUUGUCACUCACUUGGUGCAGCGCUACCAGGCUGUGGCCAAGGCCCUGGCCAACUACAUCGAUAAGACCCGUAGUGCUCAAUUGUCAAAUGCAAACUUUGCAAAGGCAGCCAAGGAUUUCAAUGAGUGGUUUGGUGAUGCUAAGAUCGAGUUCCAGGAAUUGGCUCGCAUGGGAUCCCCGGGAUCUUCAUCAGCCACAGCUCAACAGUUACAGACCGUUAAGAACUACAUCAAAACUUUCGACAAUGGUCAGUUGCUGCUGAACAAUGCAGUGGAUAUAGGCGAGGCCCUAUACCCGGUGGUUUCUCCCGAGAAUAGGGAACACAUUCGUGCCGAUCUUCGCCAGAUGCGUGAGAAAUUCGAUUACCUGAGAGACGAAGCCAAUGCAUUCAUGCAGCAAGUGGAGGGUGUUCUUAUACAGAAGACCUCCAUCGAAGAGAGCUACACGCAAGUAUCGCACUACCUCAACGAAUCUAAGGCUAAGGUUCCCACUGGUGAUGAACUGUACCCAACUUUGGCAACCAAGAAGGCUGCCCUCCAGAACUACAAGACGCAACUGCAGGAGAUUACCCUUCACAAGAAUGCCCUUAAGCAAUUGCAUGAUAAGGCUGUUACACUAUGUGAUGACGAGUCCGAGCGAAAGACUGAUGAGUCCAUCCAGGAGUACAAUACUCUUUCGAAGAAGAUUUCGGACAGAAUCACAACUGUGGGCAACCAUGUUGUUAAGCAUGAGGCCUACGACCAGGUGCUGGAGAAGGCCCAAGACUGGCUGAACACAAUUAAAUCGGAAGCCAUUGAUAUACUCAACGAAACUACUUUUGAGAAGGAGGGUGCCGAGGAGAAGCUAAUUGUUGUGGAAAAUCUUUUGCAACACAAGCCCGAGGGGGAUUCCAUUUUCGAUACCUGCCAUAAAUUAUUGGAAACGGUACUCUCCCAAACCCAUCCUAGCGGUCAUCCAGCCCUGCUUAAGGGUUUCCAGGAGCCAAAGCAAGCUUGGGAGGACUUUAUGACUCUGUGCCAAGAUUCAUCCGUAAAACUAAAGCAACUGUGCUCCAAAUGGGAUGAGUUCGACUCGAUCAUCGAAGAGCUGGACAAUUGGAUGAAGAAUGUCGAGGCGGUGGUAAAGAACCAGAACCUUAAGAGCACUGCUGACACCAAGAAGGCCCAUUUGAAGCAGCUCCAAGACAUUGCCAAGGAUAUCGAUCGCCGUGGUUCAGCCAUCAAUGAGCUGAUGGAUCAAGGCCGUGAGAUUGAGGGUGAAACUGAUUUGAACCUUAAGCUUUCCCGCCUUAAUACUCGCUACCAGACGCUCAAGAAUCUAUGCAAGGAGUCGAUUGCCAAGUACGUGAACUAUGUGAAGGAUCAUGAGAGCUUCGAUCAGGACUUUGAUGCGUUCAAGCAAAGUCUUCAGGUAUCCGUUGACGACCUUGCCAAGGCCAACGAGAUUGUGGGCGAUCAGAGUGUGCUGCAGGAUCAGCAGAACAAACUCCGUGAGAUGUCCGACAAACGCAUUUCGGACUCUACUCUCUUUGAGGGUCUCAUUGAUCGCGGAGAGAAGCUCUAUGGCCACACUAGCCCUGACGGUCGCGAGAUUAUUCGCCAACAGUUGCGUUCUCUACGCACUCUGUGGGACAACUACACGGAUGAUUUGAAUUCGGCCACACAAAAGAUCGAUCAGUGCUUGCUGCAGUUUAACGAAUUCAGCAUUGCUCAGGAUCAGCUUACCAAGUGGCUGAAAGACGUUGACAAGGCCAUGCUAAGCAACACGGAACCAAAGACAACCCUGCAGGAAAAGCGUGCUCAAUUGCAGAAUCACAAGCUCCUGCACCAAGAAAUCACUACCCAUAACGUUCUAGUCGAUAAUGUAUGCGACAAGGCUCAGAUCCUGGUGGAUCAGAUCAAGGAUAAUUCGUUGAAUGUCUAUUUAGCGUCGAUCAAACAAAUUUUCCAAGGCAUCGUUCAAAAAUCCGAUGUUAUUCUGCACAACCUAGAGGACUGCGUGCAAAAGCAUAACGAAUUGAACAAUGCUUUGGCCUCAGCCAAGACAUGGAUUUCGAAUGAGAAGGCCAAGCUCUUGGAAUGCGAUGAUGCUUAUGGUGAGAAGGCUGAUAUCAAGCGCAAGAUCGAAACACUUGGUCAGUUGGCACAAAACAAGCCACAGGCAAUGAAAUUGCUCGGCGAUAUUCGCGAUCAGUUUGAAAAGGUGAAGCCAACGACGUCCGAAAAGGGUAAUGAAGUGCUGGACAAGGAAAUUGACGAACUGGAGACCACCAUGAAGAGCCACUUCGAUGACAUCGAGGGCAUUGAGGGCAAGCAGAAGGAUGUGCUAGCCCAGUGGGACAAAUUUGAAAAGGCUCUUGAAGAUCUCACCAAGUGGUGUCGCAAUGCAGAGGCCGUAUUCCGCGAGCAGCAGCUCCAGUCCACACUUCACGAAAAGGUAGAACAGCUGGAUAAGUAUAAGAUUCAAAGGGAAUUGAUACAACAAAAGGAAAAGGAAAUCGAUGCUUUUGGAGAUGCUGCCCAUGCUCUGCUUAACAACUGCGGAGCCGAUCGCCUAAAGACACUGACCACUCAAAUCACAAAUCGUUAUCAGCUACUUCAGGUUCUCAGCAAGGAAGUGGUUAACCGCUGGUCUAAUCUUGUUGACGAUCAUCAAUUCUACCAGGACAAGUACAACGAGGUGGAUUUGUGGCUGCAACCCAUUGAAACCCAGCUGGAGAAGGUCAUUAAGGAUGAGCCCACCCAAAGCUCUAACAUUCUUCAGGUGCUCCUCUCAGAAAAAGAGCAAGCUGAGAGCUUAUUCGCGGCAUUAAAUGCGGCUGGUGAGAAAGCUCUGCCAGAGACAUCCACUCAGGGAAGGGAGAAGAUUCGUAAGGAUCUGCGUGAUAUCCGCGAUCGUUGGGAUAAAUUGGACGAGGGCAUUCGCAACUUGGAGAAACGCCAAGAAGCUCAAGGUGUUCAGCUGACCAGCUACCAGGACAUACUAAACCAAACUGUCAACUGGCUUGACCAAGUAGAAAAACUUUUGCAUAACGAAAACCCUGCUAGCUGGACCAGUGCCCAGGAGAUCCGCUCCAAAUUGUACAAGUACAAGGCCACCAACCAGGAUAUCAAUUCCCAUAAACGAAUCGUGGAGGCCGUGAACGAGAAAGCAGCAGCCCUUAAAGGAAGCGCCGCUCCUGCAAACGCCGAUGAAAUCGCAAAGGCUGUGGCUGAGGUAAACAAACGUUACGAGCAAGUCGGUCAGGAUUGUGCCAAACUGGUGGCUGAUCUAGACGGCGCCUUCGACGUGUAUCAACAGUUCUCUGAGCUACAGAAGGCGCAACAGGACUACCAGAAAAAUCUUUGGGAUCGUCUUACCGGUUACUCUGACUACUCCGGUAACAAAGCAGCAUUGCAGGCACGUCUACAGAAGAUCAACGAGAUUCAAGAUGCCCUGCCUGAAGGUGUGGCUAAACUGAAGUCCCUGGAAGAUCACAUAGAGCAGCACGCUACCAGUAUACCCGCUCGAUCCAAGGAGGCGAUGGCCCGUGACUUGGCCAACUUGCAUGCUGAUUUCGAGAAGUUCGGUGCGUCUUUGAGCGAUGUAAAGAGCGGCUUGGAGAAUCGUCUCCAGCAAUGGAAUGACUACGAAGUUAACUUGGAUCGCCUGAUCAAUUGGUUGGGCGAAGCGGAGAAUGCUCUUAAGAACUACAAUCUGAAAUCGUCGUUCGAGGAGAAGGAAGACCAAUUGAAUCGGUUCCAGUCCUUGGCACAGAGCCUGCGUCAAAACGAAGCUGACUUCGACAAGAUGAAGGACGAUACCUCGGAGUUGGUUCAGAGUUCUGGUGAAACCAGGAUUGCAGUGAAUGUGCAGCAGGUCUCCUCCCGAUUCCAAUCAAUCCAAGCCACGGCCAAGGAGAUUCUCAAGAAGUGCGAGCAGGCCGUCCAGGAUCAUGGUCACUUUAAUGAGAAGUACAAGCAAUGUGCAGAUUGGUUGGCGAAUGCCCAGGCACGUUUCGACGACUGCAGUGACUUGUCAUCGGUGGGAUCCCGUGAUGAUCUCCUGAAGAAACAAAUGGUCAUUCAGGAGCUUCUGGCUCAGCAGCCAACGGCUACUCAGCUGCUCAAUAGCACCGUUGAGUUGGGCGAGAAGUGUUACGGAUCCACAGCAACCGAGGGACGUGAAGCCAUUCGCAGUCAGCUGGAUGAUCUGACUUUCGAUCAAUUGUUUGACAAUAUCGCCAGCACUGCAAGGAAGAUUCAAGACAAGAUAGCCAAGUGGUCUGGCUUUGAUGAGAUCGCUGACAGUUUGAAGAGCUGGCUGGAUGAAACAGAGAAUGCUCUUCCAACCGAAAUCGAACUAAAGACCACACUGGAUGAAAAGCGCACUAAACUGCAAGCCUAUCGUGAUAUCCUGAAUGACAUCAAUAAUCACCAGGUGGAGGUUGGUAAUCUUCAGGAGAUUGCAGCUAAUUUACCUGAAAAGACGGAUCUCGUUGAUCAAAUCCUCAAGGAUAUAGCCGAUCGGUUUGUAAAGCUGCAGAAGCGUUCCCAGAACUACGUGGAGCGCUACGAAGGCAUUGUCAGUGCCCAUCAGCAGUACUCCAAGGCCGUGAUGGAUGCCCAAGAAUUUAUUGAUGCCACUCAGAACACGGUCCACUACUGGGGUGACUUGGACUUGGAACAGAUCUCACUGCACACGAACCUCGAUCGCCUAAAGAAUCUUAAGGCCAGUCUGGCCGACGAAUUCCCUCGAGUUGAUCAAGUCAGGGCUUUGGGCGAGAAGGUCAUUCCGGGUACAGUGGAUGUGGGUCAGGUUAACAUAAAGUCUCAGAUAGACACAACCCAGCAAGAGUGGGAGGGUCUCCUAGCUGCCAUCACCUCUACCAUAGAAGCCAUUGAGGCGCGCCUGCAGCACUGGUCGGAGUACGAACAGUUGCGUGAUCAGUGUCUGGCUUGGAUUCGGGAUACUGACAACAACUUGCAUGCUAUUGAUCUUAAAGAGGAUUUGCCCAAAAAGCGUGCUCAGUUAGAUGCGCUGAAGGCUCUGCAAGGAGAUGUGCGUGCCAAGGAACUGGAGGUUGAUAACGUGACAGAGAAAGCUCAAACCCUUCUGAAGGGACCCACUAGUAAUCGAACCUCGGGACCUGAGUUGGUGACUAAGUACCAGCAGAUCUUCCAUAAGGUCAAGGAGCUCAACAAUCGCUGGCAACAGUACGUGACUUCCCAUGAAGAUUUCGACAAUUCCAUCUCGGAUUGCUCCUCGUGGAUCAAUCAUAUUAAAGAGAAACUGGAUUACUGCUCAGAUAUGUCCUCAAUGAGUCCCAAAGAAUUGGAUAAAAAACUGGCCACCAUUCAAGAUGUUAUCUUGCUGAAGGACGAAGGCUCUGCUCGUGUCUUGAAGAUUCUCGAGCAGGCUCAGCAUGUCCUGGCCAACACAGCACCUGCCGGACACGAGGCAAUCAACAAAGAGCUAUCAGAUCUUCAGGAUCUCUGGUCGAGCAUUGCUUUGCGCAUUAUGGAUGUAAAGUCGAAUCUGGAUGAUUCCAUCACCCAGUGGUCCGGAUUCCUGGACCAGGUGCAAACGGUUCGCAAGUUCAAUGAGUGGCUGGAUGCUUUGCUAAAGGAAUUAAGUGAACACCAGACCACAAUGACGGAGAAGCGAGCUCAGUUGGAUCGUGUUAAAUCUACGGAGGAGAAGGUGCGCGUGGAAAAGAUUGAUGUUGACGCGCUCAAGAUUCAAGCCAAGGAAAUGAUUGCAAGUGGUCAACAGAGCCAGGCUGCCUUCCAGGCUCAAAAGGUGCUUGAUACGUUCGAUGAACUAUUCGCCAAGUCCCAGAAACUGCUCUCGGAUCGCCAGGAUCAGUACAGGGACCAUCGGUUGUUCAAGGAGGCCUACGAUGAUUUGGGUAGCUGGAUUGGACGUGCUCGUGAGAAGUUCCCCACCUUGAAGCAGAGCAGCUUGAGCGAUAAAUUGGCCAUUGAGAAUGCAGUUCAAGCCACUGAAGCUCUUUUGAACAAGCAGGCUCAGGGUGAACUACUAGUUGAGCACCUCGUGCACACUGGUGAGGUUGUGCUGGCCAGCACCUCUUCGCCAGGUCAGGAGAUCAUCCGAAAUGAUAUUCGUGCCCUGCGCGAUAGUUUCGAAAGUUUGUUCCGCGAAAUCAACCAGCAGAAGGAGAACCUUGAAGUCACCAUGGUCCAAUGGCGAGCCUACAAGGAGGAGUACGAACGCCUGAUGGAGUGGCUGCAACAGAUUGAUAUCUUGGUAAAGAACCAUAAGCUCAACUUAUGUCCCAAUCUGCCUGAUAAGGAGAAGCAGGUGGCUGACAUGAAGGAUGUAAUGUCACGAUUAGAGAAGGGCAAGGAAGACAUCGAUAAGUUCAAUGCAUCCGCUGCCAGUCUUCUGAAGUCUCAUCUCGAUACCUACGUGAACAAUCAGCUCAGACACUUGGGUUCGGUCUAUCAAGUGCAAGUAAACCUAGCCAAGGACGUCCUUAAGAAGGUGGAAACCAACCGCGAUCAGCAUCGUGAGUACGACGCCAACAUGAAGUCCGCCAAGGAUUGGAUAGCCAAUGCGAAGGCCACAAUUCAGUCGGCCGGCGAGGGAGCUGGCUCCAAGGAGGCUCUCCAGCGCCGCCUGGAGCAGAUUCAGGAUCUGAUUCGUAACCGUGAGUUUGGCCAAAACUUAGUCCACACGGCCAUCAACAAUGGCGAGAAGAUAAUUCGAAACACUCGCUCUGAUGGUCGCGAUGCUAUCAACAAUGAAAUGAAGGAACUGCAAACCGAGUGGGAUCGCUUGGUAAAGAAAAUGUCCACUGCUAAGGUACAACUGGAGACCAAUCUUCUCCAAUGGGCGGACUACAGUUCCAGUUACUCUCAGCUGCAGCAAUGGAUCACCGACAGAGAGGCUAAGUUGCAGCAGGCCUGCGAGCAGAAGAUCAUCAAAUCCCAGCGUGGUCAACCAGGUCUCAGCAGUGGUCUUAGCGAACGCAAGGCCAAUCUCCGACAGACUAACAACAUUGUUCAAGAUAUUGUGUCCUUUGAGCCCAUGAUUCAGUCUGUUACUUCCAAGGCAUCUGACCUACAGCAGGGUGCUCCUGCCACUGAGAUUUCAGAUAAAUACGAUAACCUUACCAAGCAAGCCAAGGAUUUGUACGAGAAGCAGAAGAACACCAUCGAUAGCUAUCAGUCUCUAAUAGAUGCGGGCAAUGAGUUCGCAACCUGGCUGAGAAAUGCCAAGGAACGGUUGAGCAAGUGCUCUGAGCCCACGGGAGAUAAGCAGGCUCUGGCCGAGAAGACUCACCAACUGAAGAUUCUGCAAGGUGAACUGCCCGAGGGUGCCGAGAAACUGAAGAAUGCUCUCGAGCAGGGCGAGAUCGCUUGCCGAAGUGCCGAGCCCGAGGAUUGUGAAAUCAUCGAACAGGAGGUGGCCCUGCUUCAAGAGGAAUUCGAUGCUUACAGGGAAGCUCUGAACAAGGCCAAGGACUACCUGGAUGUGGGCAUUGUCAAAUGGUCGGACUACCAGGAUCAGUACACCGAAGCUUUGGAAUGGUUAAGCAAGACCGAAGCUCUGGUUCAGUCCUACAACAAGUUGCAGGACAGCUUGCCUCAGAAGAAGGUGGUCCUCGAGCAAUUCCAGGGACAUCUUCAGACCCUCUUCGACUGGCAGAAGACUCUGGAUGAUCUGAAUAUGAAGGCCCAAGUUCUCCUGGAGACAUGUUCCGAUACAAGGAUCAGCAAUGCCAUUAUGCAACUCACCACCAAGUAUAAUGCCCUUUUGACUUUGGCCAAGGAGGUGAUGCGUCGCCUGGAGAUGCACUACCAAGAGCAUCAGCAGCAUCACAGUCUGUACGAAGAAUGCCAGUCGUGGAUUGAAAAUACCCGUGAGAAGCUCGCGGAUUGUGAACAAAUACCCGGAACCCUUAACGAAGUCCAGAUAAAAUUAAACACUGUGAAGAAUCUUCGUCAAGGCUUCGAGACUGGUCAGAACAAGCUUCGUUAUCUUUUGGAACUGAAGGAAAAGGUUAUUAUGAACACCGAACAGAAUGGAGCCGCCAAGAUCCAGGAAGACACUGAGACCCUUAAGCAGGACUUUGAUAAACUCCUUGUGGAUCUCAACGAUGUGCGUCAAAAGCUGGCCAAUCGUCUCGCCCAAUUGGAGGAGAUCUUCAAACUCUACAAGAUCCUUGUGGAAUGGCUGGAGGAUGUAGAGCCGAGUGUAAAGGCUAAUGAUGAGUUCCUGAACGACCUGAGUGAGAAACGCGCUGCCUUGGAGAAAUUCCGUGUCAUUCAGCGUGACAUUAACGGCCACAGCGACAUUGUUGAGAAGAUCAAUCAACGCCUCAAGGAGGAUAAUAGCUUGGAUGUGAACGACUUCCAGCCGGGUCUGGGCAAGUUCGAUGAGCUGCAGACGCAGGUUAACAAGAUCAUUGAGUCGCUAGAGAACCAGGUGAACAGCCAUGAGAAAUACAAGCAGGCUUAUAAUGAGCUGCAGGAUUGGUUGCGACGCACUCGCAUCGAAGUGGAGCAGUGUUCCGACUGCCACGGUGAGAAGGAUCAAGUGGAGAGUCGUCUGAAUCGCUUGGGCGAUAUACAGUCCUCGUCGUUGGAGGGCAAAGCCCUGCUGGAAGCCUGCGAAGAGCUCAGUCAGGCGGUGAUUGCCACUAGCGGUAGCGAGGGCCAGGACAACGUGGCCCAGGAGAUCAAACAUCUCACGGCGGAAUGGGAAUCCCUCCAGGCACUUUCUCGCGAUGCUCGCAGCAGCUUGGAAUCCUGCCUGGCCGCCUGGCAAACGUUCCUGCAGAAGUUCAAUAAAAUCAACUUGUGGAUCGAGACGAUGAGCAAGCGCGUUACCAAAUCUCAAGAAGGCGAAAACAAGAACCCCGAAGAUUUGGUUAAUGCCAAGAAACUGCUAGAAGAGGUGCUGGCCGAGAAGGAUAAUGUGGAGGAUCUGAACGAUAACUGUGAGCUGCUUAUGGAGCAGAGUGCCUGCACUCGCAUUCGGGAUCAGACCAUUGAAACUCAGGCCAACUACACCAAGCUUUUGACAUCUGCCCAAGGAUUGGUGGCCAAGAUCGAGAAGAAUCUGUCCGAUCACACCGAGUUCCUUAACUACAAAAAGGAAAUGGACGCCUGGAUAGAGAAGGCCCAGCAGAUUCUCAACGAAUGUUCUACCGAUGGUGAUGCCGCUAUAAUUGCCCAGAAACUGGACACAGUCAAUUCUUUGGCUUCCCGUCUGCCCGAGGGCCAGCAUCUCCUGGCCUUGGUGCAGGACGCCUACUCGAAGGCUUCGAAUAUCACGCCCGAGGACAAGCAGGAGAAGCUGCGCGAGCUGAUGACCAAGGUGCGCGAGGAUUGGGAUGCCUUGGGUCUGGCUGUCAAGCAGAAGUUGAGCGAUCUGAAGCAGGCCCAAAAUCGUUGGAACGAUUUUGCUGCCAACAAGGAUAAGCUCGAGAACUGGCUGAACGAGACAGAGAAGACCAUUAAGGUUGCUCCCGAAACUAAGGGUGAACUGAGCGAAAUGAAGACAUUGCUGGAGCGCUAUAAGACGCUUGGCAAUGAGCUCAAGCAAAAGGGUAGCGAGUUGGAGCAACUGCAGUCGGAGGCCCGUGAUCUGGGCACCGAAGUGGAUGCAGUGAAUCGCCUACAGUCCCGUUGUGAUAAGCUAAAGAAUGAUUGUUCGGCUCACAUUAAGGCUUUGGAGCAGGAGAUUGUCGAUUACAAUGCCUAUCACCAGAGUCUGCAGGAUGUGGAGAAAUGGCUGCUGCAAAUAUCCUUCCAGCUUAUGGCCCACAAUUCCCUCUUUAUUUCGAAUCGCGAGCAGACCCAAGAGCAGAUCAAGCAGCAUGAGGCUUUGCUUGGUGAAAUCCAAAAGUAUCAGACCAAUUUGGAUGACUUGAAUGCCAAGGGUCAGGCUCAGAUUAGCCGCUAUGAGAGCUCAACACCAACCAUUCGUCCUGUAGUAGAGUCCCAGCUGAAGAAUAUUCAAGAUAGCUACAACUCUCUGCUGCAGACCUCAGUGCAGAUCAAGAACCGUUUGCUGGAAUCGCUGGCCAAGUUCCAGGAGUACGAGGAUACCCUGGACAGCAUCAUGCGCAACCUGGAGGCCUACGAGCCGAUUAUCCAAACCGAACUGGAUGCUCCGGCCACGAGCCUGGAGCUGGCCCAAAACCAACUAAGGUGUGCCCAGGAAAUGCAGAACAAGUUGAACAAUGAGAAGUCUCGUUUGGCAGCUGCCGUUCAGGCCUGCGAAGCAGCCACGGCAUCCAUCAGUCGUCCCAGUUCCCCGCUGGAGACUGCCAUGCAGGCCAUACCCGAAAGGGAGCUUAUUGUGCGCGCCAAGCUCGAGGAUCUGCUGGAUCAGGUGCAAUCCCACUUGGGUGGCUUGACUGCAUCCGUUAGCGAACUGGAGCAACAGCAGAAGCAGCGCGCCGAGCUGCAGGAUUGGGUGAAGAAGCAGCAGACCUCAGUGUCCGACUGGUUAAUGCGUCCCUGCAAGCUGCGUCCUGAGGCGGCGCAACAGGAAUUGGUUUCCAUGAACGAUUUGUUGAACUCCAUCGGUGACAAGAGAUCGCAAUUGAUGUUGGAGAUGACAGGAUCAUUAGGCGAUGAAGACACCGAUCUGGAUGACAACAUCGACAAGCUCGAGUCGGAGCUAAUGGAUGCCAUUGCUAAGAAGCAGGCUGGCCAAAAUGUGAUCGAUGGCUAUCGCCAGGGAAUGGCUGAUGUCCAAAACUGGUUCGACAGCCUAAUUAAACGCAUGGAUGUCCUGGAUCGUGGUUCCGGCUUGAACUGUGCCCAGAAAACGGCAGCCAUUAAUGAGAUCAAGAACGAAUACGAGCUACAAGGACACCCGAAGAUUCAAGAGCUCAAAGGCAAGGCCUCACAGGUGGCGGAGGUGAUAAGCAAUCUCGAUGGCCAACAAGUUGAGGAGCAAAUGAAGUCGCUGGAUCGUCGCUUUGCUGAUCUGGGCAAGCGCAUCGAUCGCAAGGCUCAACUGCUGGAUGUGACCAACAAGGGUGUGGACGGAGCCAAGGGCGAGAUCGAUCAGCUCCAGAAUUGGGUGAAGCAGCAGAUCGAGGAGCUGCAGGCACCUACUCCGCUGGGUUACACGCCUAAGGAUGCCGAGGCGCGUCAGCAGAAGAUCAAGAGCCUGAUGAAGGAUGCCGAGGCCAAGCAGUCUCUGGCCGAUGUGCUGGAGAAGCGUGUGGCCAAUAUGCAGCAGGAGCUAGAGCCCGCUGAAUAUGCACAACUGGAGUCCGCAUUGCGUAAUCUCAACACUGAGAAUCGUAACUUGUCGGGCGUACUUAAGGCGGAGCUAGAUCGUGCUCUGGAGGCCAGCAAGGCUCGCAAAUCCCUGGAGAAUGAUCUGGACAAGGCCCGCCAAUGGCUGAAGACUAAGAUCUCCGAGGUGCGCAAGCUGCCAGUGUAUCAUCCUCUUACCUCUGCUGAGAUUGAGAAGAAAAUCCAGGAGAAUCGAAAGUACGAUGACGAUGCCAAGCAGUUUAAUGACAGCGUUUUGAGUGACGUCCAACGCCAGGCAGCUAACAUAAUGAAGGAUUGCGAUGGCCCGGAUAAGGCUGCACUGCAGCAGAUCCUUGAUGAAAUUGCCGCCGACUAUCAAACCCUAAAGGAUGAGAGCUCUAAGAGAGGCAAGUCCCUGGAUGAUCUCCUGCAGGGUCGCAAGGCCUUCGAGGAUUCGAUGAAAAAGAUGGGCGAUUGGCUGAAUGAAAUGGAGACGGCCACCGAGGGUGAGCUGCGUACCACAAGUCUACCCGUUUUGGAAGAGCAGCUGGCCCACUACAAGAAGCUACUCAACAAUGCCGAGAACAUGGGCGGUCUCAUCAACGAUGUGUCCGAACAGGGCAAGAGCAUACUCCCUACUCUAAGUAAUGCCGAUAAGCUGAAGCUCAACGAUGAUAUCAAGAACAUGAAGGAUCGCUACGGCAGAAUCAAAAACACAAUUGAUGAUCGCGUGAAUAACCUGAACGAUCACAUCAAGAAGUACAAGGAUGCCAAGAGCAGGCUGGCCGAUUGCAGCCAGUUCCUGGGCACCAUUCAGCAAAAACUGCGUGAGCUCAAUCGUCCCAUUGGCUCUAGAAUCGAGGAUGUCCAGGAUCUGUUGGGUUCGUAUGAGGGCAUACUCAAGGAGCUCAAGGACAGCAAGAGCAAGAUGGGUGACAUGCAAAUGGACGAUUUGCCCGAGCUGCAAAGCAUUCUGACCCAGCAGGAUGACAUGAUCAAAAUGAUUGAAGAUCAGUUGGCCCAUCUCCGUCAGCUUCUCAUGCUCCGCGAGCAGUUUAUUGCUUUGAUCAACGAGAUUAUUGCCUUUAUCAUGAAGUACACCGAUGUAAUCAUCGAUAUCGAGAACUCCCCAGACAGUUUGGAGGAUAAAAUCAACAAGUACGACAAUGUCAUUGUCAAGAUCCAGGAGUGCGAGGGUCUAUUGGCCUCUGCCAAUGACAAGGGCCAGAAGAUAGCCUCCGAGGGCAAUGCUGCGGAUAAGAACAGCAUUACCGAGCAGCUGCAAUCCCUCAAGAAUCAACUUCAGAAUCUGCGCAAGGCAGUGGAGUCACAGCGCCAGAAGCAUCAGUUGCAGCUGGAGUCGCACAAGAAGAUGGCCGCCGAGCUCAGCGAAAUUCUUGAUUGGUUGCACAGCCAUGAAGGUGAGGUCAAGUCCCGUCCUCUGCUGGAUCGUGAUCCCGAGUCCGUAGAGCGAGAGCUACAAAAGCACCAGACCCUCAGCCAGGACAUUGAGUCGUAUCUCAACAAAUUCAACAAGAUCAAUGAUGGCGUUAAAACUGAAAUUGGCAUGCCCAGCUCCUUGCUAGAAAUGCUCUCCGAGGGCCGAUCCCUGGUCUCAUCCCUGCCUCACGAACUCGAGGAGCGUGAGAAAUACCUGAAGAACAACCGUGACUCUCGCCUGGAGUACAUGCAACUGGUGGCCAAGUUCAACGAUUGGGUCCACGAAGCCGAGUUGCGCUUACAAAAUAGUCAGCAUGGCAUCGACUAUGAGCAUUUAGUCCAGGAUCUCGACGAGCACAAGAUCUUCUUUGGCAACGAGGCUCCCAUCCGUAAUUUGGUGCACAAGCAGAUCCAGGAGGCCGCCGACAAGAUCUGGUCUUCCCUCAACAAUUAUGAACAGUCGGAGCUUUCCGCCGAGCUGGCACAGUUCCAAAACAAAUUGACCAACACCCUGGCCAAUGCCAAGACCCAGCAGAGUGAAUUGGAGAAGGAGGCGGAGCGCUGGCGAGAGUAUCAGCAGUCGAUCGACCGUGUCAAGGCCACCAUCGAACGCACCAAGUUCAGCGAUGAGCCUGUCCAGAAUUUGGCCGGUCUGCACUUUAAUAUCCAGAAGCUGUCCCAUGCUAUUGGAAAUGUUCAGAGCCAGACCAGCGACUUGACGCUCGUCAACCAACAGGCCCAAGCCCUUAUCCGACAGGCGGACGCCCGCAAUCGUCAGCUAAUUGAACAGGACAACGCUGCCUUGAACCGCCUGUGGCAGGAUCUGGUCCGCAGCUUGGAACAGCGACGUGAUAACCUGCAACAGUUGGCCGAACACUGGGACGGAUUCGAGAAUAGCCUGCACGCCUGGGAAAAGGCACUUGGUCGCAUAGAGGAUAAGUUCCGAAAUGUCGAUCCAACUGUAAGAUCGCGUCGUCAUUUGGAAGAUACGAAGAAUGCCAUUCAGGAAUUACGUGAAGAGUCAAAUCAACUUAAAUCAUCAUAUAAAGAAAUCGAGGCGCUCUCUAAAUCCAUCCUCACAUUCCUUGGGGAAGUACACAAACCCUCGGCGGAGGCCAUACAGGCCAAAGUGGAUAAGUUAGUGGAACAGCAAGCCAAAUUGAACGACACGCUACUCGAUAAGGAGCAACAGGUUAGCAAGGAUCUCGAGGAGAUCGAGCAAGUCUUCCGCCGCAUCUCGCAGUUGCAGGAUAAGCUAAACGCUCUGCACGACCAGCUACAAUCGGUUCACGUCUACGACGAACACAUCUCGCAAACGGAACAGCUUCUGAUCACGCUCAAUAGUCAGGUGCAGCAGGCCGCCGAGGAGAGCAAAUCCCUGGUGGCACAGACCACGGCCCAGUAUCAGGCCAAACAGAAUCAGCUGCCCAGCGACAUUGCCCAAGAGUUCACAGCCCUCGAGCUACUCGCCGAGCGUGUCCAAGUGACCAUGGAGACCAAAGAGAAGGAUUUCAAGCGGGCCAAGACCGUACGCACCGAAUAUGUGGCCGGUGUGGACGAGGUGCAGCGUUGGCUGCUUCAGGCUGAGGUUCAGGUGCAAGAGCGAAGUCUCACCCCGACCCAGAUGAAGGAGCUGCUGCAGCGCAUUAAUCACGAAAUCACCGCCAUCUACGAACGCUUCACGCUGGUCAAGACCAACGGACAACUGAUCAUCGAGAAUUGUCGCAACAGUGAGGAGAAGACACUGGUGCAGACGACCAUCGACCAGUUGGCCGCAUCGCUGGCCCAAGUUCGGGGCUGGCUGGACGAGAAGAAGCAGGCGGUGGGUGAUAGUUUGGAUGCGUGGACAAGGUUCAUGAACCUCUACCAGAUUGUGAUGUCUUGGGCAUCCGAGAAGCGCACGUUCAUUGACCAAACGAUCGAGCUGCGCACUCUGCCCGAGGCACGCAACAAACUGAACGACUAUGUGACGGCUGUGAAGAGUAUUAAACCGAUUGUGAAGCAUCUGAGCGAAAUGGACAAGGAACUGGAGCACAUUGGCCAGGUGACGACUGUGGGCGAUCUCAAGGACAAACUGCAGGAGGCCGAGGAUGCGAAGAUAACCGUGGAAGCGGUGCUGCUAGAGAGGAACUCCCUGCUGCAAGAGGCCUGUGAAGAAUGGGACCAAUGUGAACGCAAGAUUAAGGAUAUCCGUGCCUGGCAUGAGAAGACCAAGCAAAGCUUGGACUCCUCGCCACAGCAGAAGAAACCGCUGCGCGAUCAGCUUGGCUUCUGUGAGAAGACCCUGGCCGAUAUAAAUGUGCAGAAGACGAAACUGAGACUGUCUAUUGAGAAACUAGAGGUUCAUUUCCGCAAUGGCAUGGGCGGUGAUCCGCGCCUGAGCGAGAAUGUCGAUGAACUGGUGCGCGUCCUCGACGGUCUAGGCGAGUUGGUCAAGGCCAAGUCGCAGAGCCUCGAGCAGACGCUUGCCCAGAUCGAUGUCUAUCAGCAGCAAAUGCAGACCCUGCGCCAGCGCAUCAUCCAGGAGGAGCAGCAGCUGCGCCUGGUGAUGGCGCCCACGUACUUGCCGCACGAUCGCGAGCGCGCAUUAGCCGAGCAACAGGCAAUGCGAGAAUCAAUCGAUGGCAUGCAGCAAGUCUACGAUGCGACCGCUCGAAAGUCCUAUGCGCUGGAUCCCCAUUCAGUGGUGACCACUUCAUCGACUGUCUCGUUGCUUAUGAAGCCAACGGCGUCAGUGGGUCUGACCUACGCUGAAGUGUUGUCGGGACAAGCGAGUCCGGUAAGCGGCGGUAAUGAACCUGUAACGAAAUCCCGACCAGAACGAGACCCCUCUACGACGACAACAACGACCCAGCAGCAACAAACGAACCAGACCCAAAACCAGACAACUAUUACAACCAUUACCACAACAACCACGACUUCUAAACGUACGCACGGUGACGAAUCCCAGGGCCAGGAGCAAAACGAGUUCAAUGGCGGAAGUGGCACCAUUUCCACCACGAUUUACGAGCGCCAGCGCAAGAAUACACCACCCAGUUUCACCACCGCGUCUUCAGAUCUUACAGCAACCAAUCCUAACACUCAGUUUAUCGAGACCGAGCAGCACCAUCAUCAGAAGUUAAAACCGACGGUUAAGAAAACUCAACCUUCAAGGCCAGAACGACGCGGUCGUUCGCCAAGACGUCGACCCCAGGCACCGUCACCGCAACAGCCGGAGAUUCAGGUUCAAUUGCAUCAGGAACCACCCCACCAGGAGCAACUCUUCUUGCCCAUUGAUGACCGCUCAAGAUCUCGCAGCCCUAUGUGGGUACCCGGUUCGACUUCCUAUGCGGAGGUUCUUCGGGGUUUGGAACUGGAGCGUCUAAAGGCUGAGCAGUUGGCCGCUCAGGCCGUGCAAGGUCGUACAGAUCUUACUAUUCAGGAUGUGGUGGAUGCGAGCGUAGCGGCUUCCAGUAGUAUCUACGUUCCAGAAGCUAAGCUACCGGAACACCCAAUCAAGGACCAUCAGCUGGAUCAAUACAUCAGUGAAACCAGCGCAGAUCUUACCUUUUCUCAUUCUCAGCAGGAAGAGCAGCAGCAGCCACAUGAACUGCAGCAGCCGAAACCCAUCAGCAAUUACGAAGUGCCCAUGACUGCCGAAGAGAUUGCAGCCACAUAUUUGCAGCCUGAUCCACAGCUUUAUCAGACAAUGUACGAGAACGUGGCCGAUAGCGGUCAGUGGGGUUACGUGACGGGCUCUGCAACGGAACCACAACAGCAGCAGCAGACGCAGCAGAACUACUACGAGCAGAUAAUGCAAAUGCAGUAUCCCAUUCAGUAUCAGCAAGUGGCAGUUCCACCAACGACAGCGCAAUAUCAGCUUUUAACAGGCUACUAUCAGCCGGUGGCUCAGGCGGACAACUAUUCCACUGUAUACCCCGCAGAACAGAAUCAAAUCUACUACACCCAGCAAGCCGCUGACUAUUCUCAGGAAUACCCGCUACAGCAGCAGUCGGUGCAGCAGCAGCAGCCUCAGCAGGACUUCCAGCAAGAAUCUGUAGAGCCGCAAACCUAUUUGCUGGAGCCCUACCAGGUGGAGAACACUUUGACGUCGAGCUCUACAGGUAGCAGCGUGCUGGAUCGCGUUGUUACCACAUUAGCCUCAAUUGUGCAACAGAGCUCAGAACCACUGACCACCAGCACCCAGCAAAUCCAACCAGUUCUUGUGCCAAGCGAGCCGCCGCAGUACUAUAUCGAAGAGCAUGUUCAAAUACCACUUGCUGUAGAGCCUCAGGAGUUUGAGCUAAAUGAGCCUCGACCUGAUAUUACCUUUGGCCAGUUUGAUGUUGAUGCUAUUGAAACCAUACCAGUGGAUACGCCACAAUCGCAACCUCCUGAACCACAGGUUCAACAUCAACCCAGUGUAACCACAACCAGAUAUGUACAGGAAACCACUAUUAUUUCCAACCAGACACAGCCAACUGUGAUAACGCAACAGACAGAGGAAGUCGCUGCAGUACCAGCAGAUGUCCCCCAAGUCCCAGAGAUAUCCACAAAUGUCGUUGUGCACCCCCGGCCUCAGAAGCGAAGCAAUAAGCAAGUUCGGCCCCAGGAUAUUAGUACUGGCACCACUUACGCCGAAGUCCUUUUCGGUCUUCAGCACCAAGAACAUCCAGGUUUCCAGCCAUCCAGUCAGCAACAAACUCAAGUGCGCCUUACAUCCUCGCCGCCAUUGCAACGCAAGCCGGAUCAAGCAAAUUUGAGUAGUUACACUACUACUACCACCACAACAACCAAAACGAUAACGAAUCAGCACGCUAAACGUGUGGACAAGUCACCAACCUGGGAACGCAAAGAGGACAAUUUUGAGUCUCGGACGUCGCGUACAAAAAGAACGAGAAAUGAAACUCACCCUGAACCAUUGCCUAUUAAGCAGAGUACUCGAAAGGAUGCAAAGACGGGUAAGAAGCCUCGUUCUCCCGACAGCAAUGGUGUCUCUGCAGAAACCAAAUUAGUUGCUGAAGUUGUACCAUCUUAUCCAGUUGCGGAAGAGAAAUCAAAGUUACCUGAACCAAAGCCGAGAAAAUCAAAGAAAUCGAACAAGGUAGCUGAUAGUGAGCCUUUAUCUGUUAUUGAGCCCAAACCUGAACCAUCUCCAGUACUUCCUAAAAAAGAGAAAAAGCUGGCUUCACCAGUCUUGGAGAAAAAGGUAACAGAAGUCGUGACAACUGUAAUUGAGACAGUUGUUGAACCUGAAGUUCAGCCAACUCCCGCUUCCUCAAAGAAAGAAAAGAAGCCAAAGCCUGUGAAAGAAAAGGAUACUCCAAAAACAGAAGCUAAAAAUGUUGAAGUCACACCAGUACCUCCUACCAGGAAGGAAAAGAAACAAACCAAAUCGGUUGUGGAACAAGAGCUGGUAAUCAUUAAGUCUGAUGAGCCCGUCAUCGAAGAGAUUACUGCUCAACCCGUUGCAAUUCAACCAAAGGAAGAGGCUCGAAAUGAUAAGGAUCGUUCUGAGGUGUCUAAAAAGGAAAGAAAACGUGGCAAGGUUGUUGUAGAACAGGUUGCAGUAAGCACUGUGUCUGAUGAGCCUGUUGUCGAGAAGGAGAUUGUUCAACCUGCUGUGAUAGAGAAAGUCGAAAUUGCGCAACCAGCUCCUAUUUCAAAGAAGGAUAAGAAGAAGACAAAGACAGUUGUGGAUGAGACAAUUCUCAAUACCAUAUCGGUAAAGCCUACCAUUGAAAAGGAGACAGUAAAACCAACUGUGAUUGAAACAAUCGAUGUAGUUGAGCCUGCCUCGGAAAGAAUUUCCGAACCCGAAGUUCCAGUUCCAGUUCCCGUGAAAAAGGACAGAAAACGGUCCAAGAAGGGAACGUCCCGGGAUGAAACAACAAUAAACUUCGAACAGGUGGAGUCUACUCCUGUUGUUACAAGUAAUGUCGCAGAGACUCUUACUACUACUGAAGUAAUUAAUUCUAUUUCUGCUGUUGAAAAUAUCGAGUCCUCAAAUAAUAUUCCUGAAAUUAUCGAAACUCCCUCUGUCGUAGAACCAGCAACGACUGAAAGUGUAAUUAUGGAUAGUAGCGAACCUGUGGUUACCACAUCGACUAACACGAUAUCAACAGAAAGUGGAACCACAACAAUCACAACGCGAACAAUAACAAAACACAUUACCAAGCGCAUUGUAAAGCGAAUUGUUGAUGGCAGAGAGGAAAUUGUUGAGGAAGAUGUGAUUGACGACUUGCCCGAAGAGAACAUUUCUGUUGAGCAAUACAACCUCCCACCGGUGGAAUCCGCGGCUAGUGAUGUACCAAUUGAUAUUUCCGGAUUUUCGACCACGCAGGACACGAUCGUGCAACAAGGUUCAAUAACCAAGACUGUAAUUACCAAAACCAAACGUAUCCUGAAGCGUAUUACCGAAGAUGGAGAGGAAAUUGUCGAGGAGGUUUUCGAAGAUGAACCUGAAGUAGAGCGGGAUGUAACUAUGUUACCAACCACAGUGCUGACCACGACAGAAACUACGAUCGGACAACUUCAACCAUCUCUGAAUGUAAUUGAGGAUGUUGCGCAAAUUGUAGUCGAUGAGGUUUUGAAGGAAGCCGAGGAAAUAACACAAACAAAUAAACAACCUGAGCCCGAGGUAUUGCCUCCAGUCGUAGAUGUACAGGAGCAGAAUAAGCCACAAAAACCUUCAAGAAAGGAUAAGAAAAAACAAAAGAAAUCGGAAAUCAAUGCUCCUAUUGUGCAGAAGGUAGAAGAAAUCGUUGAGCCGCAACCCCAAAUAGAAUUUACAGAGCCCCUGAGUGUAACAAGUGCAACAACUACGGAUAAUAAACCUACUCUGUCGUCUGAUGAUGGAGGCCUUGUCAAAAAGACAGUUAUCCGAACAACCAAAAUUGUCAAAAAAAUCAACAGUAGUCAGCAGGAGAGUCAAGAGAUGUCCUCUUCGACGUAUUCAGAUGGACCAUCGUCUCUGGGUUCCUGCGAGGAAGCCAUUGAGCCUCCCAAAAUUGAGAAAUCGGAGACAAAUAGCCGGGAAAUAACCGAUGAGGGUGUAGUCAAAACAACUAAAACCACGACAACUAAAACCAUAAAAUCUCCCAAGAUCGAUGAAACCCAAUUGGAACCUUUAUUAGAUGUUUCGACUGAAAAUAAACGUGUUCCACAAGCAGUUGUGGAGGAGCCUGAGGAAGGUGGAGUGAUUAAGACAACCAUUGUCCGAACCACAAAGAUUAUCAAAAAGAUUUCCCAGGAAAGUGAAAAUAUCAGCGAAACCAGCAGCGAAGCCGAUGUUUCUUCCCUACCCCUUGUUGAGACAAUUAUUCAGGAUGCUCCGAUUGUGGCGGAGUCUGUUACAACUGAAUCGAACAGUGAGGGCAUUACUAAGACUACAACUUCUCGAACUACGAAGGCGGUGAGCAAAACGGCAGUGAGCGAGAGGGUGGACGAGUCUCUUCAUUUACCGGAGGUUCCUGUUAUACCGGUUGGUAUUGAGGAUAAGUUCCUGACUACAACAAAAAUUAUUGAAGUUCCCCCAAUAAAGUCUACAGUUUUGGACUUUAUUGCUGCUGAAAGCUCUCCAAAACUCGGAGAAGUAAAUGCUCAGCCUGUGGAUGCUCCUCUUCAAGAAGAGGCUGUUUUAGAAUCAUCCGCUAUGGAAACUCCUGUGCCUAAAAUCGAGUCUUCUGAUGUUGGUGAUGUUGUAAAGACCACAUUUGUGCGAACAACAAAAAUUGUAAAGAAGAUCUCUCAAAACGUGGAACAAGAAACCGUUGGUGAACUCAUUGAUGUUCCUGAGAAAACAGAACCUGUGGUGCCUGUCGAGGAGACCAGUGGUGCUGUGACCAAGACGACAACCGUGCGUACGACAAAAAUCGUGAAGAAGCUGAAUGAAGAUGGCGAAACAACAACGGAACAAACAAGCACUGCAAGCGAACCAGUGACAGUGCGCGAAGCUUCGCCAACAAUUUCGGAAGUGCCUAGCGAAUCUUCAACUACAUCUAGUCAAGUCGAUGGCGCUAUUAUCAAGACUACCACGAUACGAACUAUGCGCAUCACCAAGAGGGUAACCAACGAUGGACGAAUACUUCUGACGGAGAGCGAGACACCCGGAGAUGUGAUAGUGACUUCGAGCAUCGAGAUGCCCGAACUGAGACCUGUUAGUCCGGCUGUAUCGUCGCGCACGCCCUCUCCGUCGGUCACACCUAGCACCGAACCUAGACUAGAAAAUCUAGGUGCAAACAUACACUUAGGACUGAGGGACAGUCCGUCAGGGGUAAAAGUAGUUGGCAUUGAAACUAGUACCAUUCGGUUGCCUCAGUUGGGUGAACAGCAGUACGAGGACACCAAGACUAAUGGGGACAUUACCGAGACAGACAGUAUUACCACUACUACGACGACUACCAGGAAUACGAUACUAACAACGACACAGCGACGGAGCUUCGAAACGGAAGAUGGCACAAAUGUUCUUUUCGUGGGAGAAGGCAUUGACGGUGACUAUCCACCUGGUACAGUACAAAAAAUAUCCCUAAUCACUCAUGAAGAAAAACUGAAGACACCUAUCGUGAAAAUGCAUUUAGAUUUUCCUGAGGUUAGUCUUCGGGUGACUGAGACUGUGACCGAGAAUGUGGAAUCCCUGCAGAGAUCGGCCGAGAGUAGCGAGAAUUCCGUGAUUGUUGUAGAAUCGCUCCCAAAACCUGUAGACCCCAUACCCCUGCCUGUUGUAGACUCUACCCAAUCAGACGAGCUGGUCAAGAUCAUAGAAGGCCCAGCAGAAGAAAGUAGUCAAUCACUUCCCCCUGCUGAGUUGAGUCCAGAAGAGCAGCAGUUGUUUGAGGAUAUUCAGAAGAAACUGUCAAAGAAAGAUAAGAAGAAGCGCCCUGCAAUUCCCGAAGAGUUUAUUAAACAUGAAUCGGUCCCCGUUAUAGCAGAACAAAGCCUAGGUAAUCAUGCUAUUAAUGCCCCCUCUGUAGUUUUUGAUAAAGAGAUUCUAAUUGAAAUUUCUAAACCCUUAGUUAAGCAAGAAUUUGUAGCAGAAAACAUUUCUAAGAAAGAGACUAUUGAGCAGAUCAAGGAAGAUAUUUCUUCAGUAUCUGAAACUGCUCCAGUUUUAGUUAAGGAAGAAGUUCAGGCUGAAAUUCAACCGAAUGAAUCUGAGAAAUUACUUCCAAAUAUUUCUCAAGAUGUGUCUCUAAUCUCUACUGUCAAGAUAAUUGAGCACGCUAAAGCAGAUAUUCUUUAUCAAGAGACGUUAACCCCAGUUUCUGAAGUCGUCCCUGUUCCUCCUAAAGAAGAAGUGCAAGUAGAAAUUCCAUGUGCAACUCCGUCAAGUCCUGCUCCUACUAAUCCUGCUAAUCUAUUUGAUCCUGCCAAACCAAGCGUAUUAAUUGCUGAAGCAUUUGUGGCUAACUCGGUAAGCACUUUAAAUACAGUCAUACAACUUGAGAAAAUCUCUCCCCUUGAUAAAAUAUUUGAAAUUCCUAAAUUUGAUAUACUUAAACUUAACACUGCUGAGGGAAAUUAUCACAUAAUUAAUUCUAAGGUUCAGGAAACCACAACAGUUGAAAAUAAAGCAAAUGAUACUUUGUCCCCAAAGACGGUAAGCUUUGGCAACGAAACGGAACCUGUAACAAAAACUUCUCCAGCUUUUUACAAUUUUGAGGUUCCUAAAUUUGACAUUAUUUCCCUAAAAAAGGCUGAAGCUUUACACCAAAUAGUCGAAACCUCAGUCGGUUCAACAGAAACUUCGCCAAUAAGUUCGUCUCUUGAGGACGUAAAGAUUUCUCAAUCUGAACCGAUAGUUAAAGAUCAAACUUUAAAUGAAAUAAGCUCCAUUACAACUGUCACCACCACAAGUGUUUUGGAUGACCCGAUAAACUUCUCUAACGGUGAAGAAACUGUACAAGAAACCCCUCUGGCUCCGUUUAAGGAGACAGAACAGGUUCCUGAGGACACCGAGGUGGUCACAAUUCAACCUGUCGUCGAGAAAGAACAAAUUCCUGAGCCUCAAAAGGAGAAGGUCACAGUUGUUGAAGAAGUUACCAAGUCUGAGCCAAUUGUAGAAACCGCUGUGGAUGAAACCAAGACGUUUACUACAGUCACGACCACAACAGUAACUACCGAAUCAACUACAGAAACUUCUACUCCUACGGAACCCAAGAAAGUUGAGGAACUUGAGAAGAAACCAGAGGAACCGAAGAAACCUGCAUAUGCCGGUCUGCCUGUUGAUGAUUCUUCCAGCUCUUGGAUGGAUGUCUUGGAUGAGCCGAUGAACUUCUCUGACGAUGAAGAAACUGUACAAGAAACACCUCUGGCUCCGUUUAAGGAGACAGCACAGGUUCCUGAGGAAACGGAGGUCGUCACAAUUCAACCUGUCGUCGAGAAAGAACAAAUUCCUGAGCCUCAAAAGGAGAAGGUCACUGUUGUUGAAGAAGUUACCAAGUCUGAGCCAAUUAUUGAAACCGCUGUGGAUGAAACCAAGACCAUUACUACAGUCACGACCACAACAGUAACUACUGAAUCAACUACAGAAACUUCUACUCCUACGGAACCCAAGAAAGUUGAGGAACCUGAGAAGAAACCUGAGGAACCGAAGAAACCUGCAUAUGCCGGUCUGCCUGUUGACGCUUCUUCCAGCUCUUGGAUGGAUGUCUUGGAUGAGCCGAUGAACUUCUCUGACGAUGAAGAAACUGUACAAGAAACCCCUCUGGCUCCGUUUAAGGAGACAGCACAGGUGCCUGAGGAAACGGAGGUCGUCACAAUUCAACCUGUCGUCGAGAAAGAACAAAUUCCUGAGCCUCAAAAGGAGAAGGUCACUGUUGUUGAAGAAGUUACCAAGUCUGAGCCAAUUAUUGAAACCGCUGUGGAUGAAACCAAGACCAUUACUACAGUCACGACCACAACAGUAACUACUGAAUCAACUACAGAAACUUCUACUCCUACGGAACCUAAGAAAGUUGAGGAACCUGAGAAGAAACCAGAGGAACCGAAGAAGCCUGCAUAUGCCGGUCUGCCUGUUGACGAUUCUUCCAGCUCUUGGAUGGAUGUCUUGGAUGAGCCGAUGAACUUCUCUGACGAUGAAGAAACUGUACAAGAAACCCCUCUGGCUCCGUUUAAGGAGACAGCACAGGUUCCUGAGGAAACGGAGGUCGUCACAAUUCAACCUGUCGUCGAGAAAGAACAAAUUCCUGAGCCUCAAAAGGAGAAGGUCACUGUUGUUGAAGAAGUUACCAAGUCUGAGCCAAUUAUUGAAACCGCUGUCGAUGAAACCAAGACCAUUACUACAGUCACGACCACAACAGUAACUACUGAAUCAACUACAGAAACUUCUACUCCUACGGAACCCAAGAAAGUUGAGGAACCUGAGAAGAAACCUGAGGAACCGAAGAAACCUGCAUAUGCCGGUCUGCCUGUUGACGAUUCUUCCAGCUCUUGGAUGGAUGUCUUGGAUGAGCCGAUGAACUUCUCUGACGAUGAAGAAACUGUACAAGAAACCCCUCUGGCUCCGUUUAAGGAGACAGCACAGGUUCCUGAGGAAACGGAGGUCGUCACAAUUCAACCUGUCGUCGAGAAAGAACAAAUUCCUGAGCCUCAAAAGGAGAAGGUCACUGUUGUUGAAGAAGUUACCAAGUCUGAGCCAAUUGUUGAAACCGCUGUGGAUGAAACCAAUACCAUUACUAGAGUCGCGACCACAACAGUAACUACUGAAUCAACUACAGAAACUUCUACUCCUACGGAACCCAAGAAAGUUGAGGAACCUGAGAAGAAACCUGAGGAACCGAAGAAACCUGCAUAUGCCGGUCUGCCUGUUGACGAUUCUUCCAGCUCUUGGAUGGAUGUCUUGGAUGAGCCGAUGAACUUCUCUGACGAUGAAGAAACUGUACAAGAAACCCCUCUGGCUCCGUUUAAGGAGACAGCACAGGUUCCUGAGGAAACGGAGGUCGUCACAAUUCAACCUGUCGUCGAAAAAGAACCCAUUCCUGAGCCCCAGAAGGAAGAGGUCACUGUUGUUGAAGAAGUUACCAAGUCUGAGCCAAUUGUUGUAACCGCUGUGGAUGAAACCAAGACCAUUACUACAGUCACGACCACAACAGUAACUACUGAAUCAACUACAGAAACUUCUACUCCUACGGAACCCAAGAAAGUUGAGGAACCUGAGAAGAAACCUGAGGAACCGAAGAAACCUGCAUAUGCCGGUCUGCCUGUUGACGAUUCUUCCAGCUCUUGGAUGGAUGUCUUGGAUGAGCCGAUAAACUUCUCUGACGAUGAAGAAACUGUACAAGAAACCCCUCUGGCUCCGUUUAAGGAGACAGCACAGGUUCCUGAGGAAACGGAGGUCGUCACAAUUCAACCUGUCGUCGAAAAAGAACCCAUUCCUGAGCCCCAGAAGGAAGAGGUCACUGUUGUUGAAGAAGUUACCAAGUCUGAGCCAAUUGUUGUAACCGCUGUGGAUGAAACCAAGACCAUUACUACAGUCACGACCACAACAGUAACUACUGAAUCAACUACAGAAACUUCUACUCCUACGGAACCCAAGAAAGUAAUUGUGGUAGAAGAUCGGGUGACCCAAGUUGAGAAAUCUCUAGAAGAACCUAUCGAUACUUGGUCCAGUGUAUUAGAGGACUCUGUUCCCAAUACUGGAACCAUUGCCUUCACUUCGACAUUGUCAGCGGAUGCCCCUGAGUUUACUCCAUCUUAUUUAAGACACACCUACUCAGAUCAGACUCAUACCUUCCUUGCAAAUGAACGAGUCUACAACGAAUUUAUUCCAAGGAAUAAGACAGAUCAAGUCAUUGUGGCACAACAAAAGCAAAAGAAAACUAAGACACCAAAACGCCAAAGUAAGAAGGCCGAAGUCCAGGCAGAUGUACCACCAGUCAAACCUAACCAAGAAUCAAUAGUUGCAGAACCUGUUGAGUUAGUAGAGGAAGUUGAGAAUGUUUGGAUAAAGAACCGUGACGGAAAAUCGUAUGCCGAUGUCUUACUCAACUCAGGGGUAAUAAGCGAAGUUCUUACAACUUCAGAGGUGCAACAACAAAAAGACACCAAAUCCGAUACAGAUAAUGUUCAGACGAAAACUCAACAGCGUAAGAAAAAGACACAGGCUGAGAAACUCAAGCCAGUUGAAAAGCCAACUAAGCCUUCUUCACCAAAUAUUGAAAGCGACAAAUCUAAAUCAAAUAGCGAUAGCGAACAGUCCAAGCCUACGACCGAAAGCGAACUGUCUAAACCAACAACAGAAAGCUCAAAGGAACCGUCUUCCGAUGAAAGGGAGGUUUCAAGUACUUCCGAGUUGACCUGGUCAGCUCUUGUACGUAGGCCAGGCGAAUGGUCUGACACAACUGUAAUAAAGAAGGAAGUUACCCACUCAACUGUUAUUACUGAGGACAAGCCUCGGCACAAAGAAAAGGAGGAACCCAAAAAGUCCACAAAGGCAAAGAAAUCAAAGAAGUCUAAGAAACCAGUUGUAGAAGUAGUCACUACUACAUCUGAAGACGAACAACCUGAUCCUUUACCAGUUGAGAUGAAAGAAACACCUGAACCAAAAAAGAAGGAAAAGAAAGAACAAAGCAGUGAAUUCUCUUGGGCAUCACUUGUAAAACGGCCUGGCGAAUGGAUUGAUAACACGGUUUCACAUAUAAAGUCUGCUGUAUCUACAACAACCGAAGUAAAAGAACCAAUUAAGACAGAUCAUGUAAAACCAGAGAAACCCAAAAAGCUAAAAUCAAAGAAGAAACCGGAAAAUAAACCCAUUCGAAUUACGGAGUCUGAACCCGAAAUCAGCAACGAAUCGGUGGAGGAAACUGUUGUAAUUGAACACGUUGAAGCCAAAAAUCCGGAACCUGUAAGUAGCACCGGAAACGCUUUCUCUUGGGCCUCUCUUGUUAAAAAGCCUGGUGAGUGGGUUGAUGAUAUUGCUGCUCGUAAAAAGGCUGUUGAAUCCCCGAUUGAGGAUCGCACAGAAGAAAUUCCACAGCGAAGAGAGCGCAAAGCUCCAAAAACUUCUAACAAACCUAAAACAGAAAUUACCAAGCAUAAAUUCAAAACUGAGAAGCACGAACCUGAAGUCAUCCAAACAUCUGAAGAGAGCGAUGUUGCUGAAGUAGUCCAAAAUCGAAAUGAAAACACAAUCACUUGGGCUAAAGUGGCUAGUCAAAUUGAUCAUAUGACCGAUUUGCCGGCCAAGCCUAAGAAGGAUAUCAAGCAGAAGCAAUCUGAGCCUUUGAAACCACAAGUAAAACGUGAUCGUUUUGAAAAAUCUGUGAAAGAAAAACUACGAAGCAUAUCCCCCGAAGGUGUUCAGGGAAAGAAGGGCGUAAAUUCUUGGGCUAAUGUUGUUAGUCACCAAACCAAUGAUUUCAUUGAUGCGGAAAGGGUCAAGCAAGUUCCAAAACCAGCAGUGAAGUCGCAGCCAAAAACCAUUGCUGCUCCACAGUUGGUGGAACCUUUGGAGGAUAUUGAUAAACCUCAAAGGUCAUGGGCCGAAAUGAUUGAUGAUAUUCAGGAAGACAUUGUUAUUGAACAGAAAUCUUGGAAGGAACUUAUAGAGGACGAAGUGGAAAUACCUCUUCUACCUGAAAAUGGGGAGGAAGCAAACAUCAACAAGAUAAUUGAAACCAUCCAAGAAUUGAAAGUCCCGAAAGGAAAGAAAGAAACCGUACAAGAAACACCUGUGGCUCCGUUUGAAAAGAGAGCACAGGCUCCUGAAGAAACAGAGGUGGUCACUGUAAAAACUGUCGUCGAGGAAGAACCAGUUCCUGAGCUACAGAAUGUGGAGGUCACCGUUGUUGAAGAAGUUACCAAGUCUGAACCAAUUGUUGAAACCUCUGUGGAUGAAACCAAGACCAUUACUACAGUCACGACCACAACAGUAACUACUGAAUCAACUACAGGAACUUCUACUCCUACGGAACCCAAGAAAGUUGAGGAACUUGAAAAGAAACCAGAGGAACCGAAGAAACCUGCAUAUGCCGGUCUGCCUGUUGACGAUUCUUCCAGCUCUUGGAUGGAUGUCUUGGAUGAGCCGAUGAACUUCUCUGACGAUGAAGAAACUGUACAAGAAACACCUCUGGCUCCGUUUGAUGAGACAGCACAGGUUCCUGAAGAAACAGAGGUGGUCACUGUAAAAACUGUCGUCGAGGAAGAACCAGUUCCUGAGCUACAGCAUGUGGAGGUCACCGUUGUUGAAGAAGUUACCAAGUCUGAACCAAUUGUUGAAACCUCUGUGGAUGAAACCAAGACCAUUACUACAGUCACGACCACAACAGUAACUACUGAAUCAACUACAGGAACUUCUACUCCUACGGAACCCAAGAAAGUUGGGGAACUUGAAAAGAAACCAGAGGAACCGAAGAAACCUGCAUAUGCCGGUCUGCCUGUUGACGAUUCUUCCAGCUCUUGGAUGGAUGUCUUGGAUGAGCCAAUGAACUUCUCUGACGAUGAAGAAACUGUACAAGAAACACCUCUGGCUCCGUUUAAGGAGACAGCACAGGUUCCUGAGGAAACGGAGGUCGUCACAAUUGCAACUGUCGUCAAGGAAGAACAAAUUCCUCAGCCUCAAACGGAGAAGGUCACUGUUGUUGAAGAAGUUACCAAGUCUGAGCCAAUUGUUGAAACCGCUGUGGACGAAACCAAGACCAUUACUACAGUCACGACCACAACAGUAACUACUGAAUCAACUACAGAAACUUCUACUCCUACGGAACCCAAGAAAGUUGAGGAACCUGAGAAGAAACCUGAGGAACCGAAGAAACCUGCAUAUGCCGGUCUGCCUGUUGACGAUUCUUCCAGCUCUUGGAUGGAUGUCUUGGAUGAGCCAAUGAACUUCUCUGACGAUGAAGAAACUGUACAAGAAACACCUCUGGCUCCGUUUAAGGAGACAGCACAGGUUCCUGAGGAAACGGAGGUCGUCACAAUUCCAACUGUCGUCAAGGAAGAACAAAUUCCUCAGCCUCAAACGGAGAAGGUCACUGUUGUUGAAGAAGUUACCAAGUCUGAGCCAAUUGUUGAAACCGCUGUGGACGAAACCAAGACCAUUACUACAGUCACGACCACAACAGUAACUACUGAAUCAACUACAGAAACUUCUACUCCUACGGAACCCAAGAAAGUUGAGGAACCUGAGAAGAAACCUGAGGAACCGAAGAAACCAGCAUAUGCCGGUCUGCCUGUUGACGAUUCUUCCAGCUCUUGGAUGGAUGUCUUGGAUGAGCCGAUGAACUUCUCUGACGAUGAAGAAACUGUACAAGAAACACCUCUGGCUCCGUUUGAAGAGACAGCACAGGUUCCUGAGGAAACAGAGGUGGUCACUGUAAAAACUGUCGUCGAGGAAGAAGCAGUUCCUGAGCUACAGCAUGUGGAGGUCACCGUUGUUGAAGAAGUUACCAAGUCUGAACCAAUUGUUGAAACCUCUGUGGAUGAAACCAAGACGUUUACUACAGUCACGACCACAACAGUAACUACUGAAUCAACUACAGAAACUUCUACUCCUACGGAACCCAAUAAAGUUGAGGAACCUGAGAAGAAACCUGAGGAACCAAAGAAACCUGCAUAUGCCGGUCUGCCUGUUGACGAUUCUUCCAGCUCUUGGAUGGAUGUCUUGGAUGAGCCAAUGAACUUCUCUGACGAUGAAGAAACUGUACAAGAAACCCCUCUGGCUCCGUUUAAGGAGACAGCACAGGUUCCUGAGGAAACGGAGGUCGUCACAAUUCAAACUGUCGUCGAGAAAGAACAAAUUCCUGAUCCUCAAAAGGAGAAGGAGAAGGUCACUGUUGUUGAAGAAGUUACCAAGUCUGAGCCAAUUGUUGAAACCGCUGUGGAUGAAACCAAGACCAUUACUACAGUCACGACCACAACAGUAACUACUGAGUCAACUACAGAAACUUCUACCCCUACGGAACCCAAGAAAGUUGAGGAACCUGAGAAGAAACCUAAGGAACCGAAGAAACCUGCAUAUGCCGGUCUGCCUGUUGACGAUUCUUCCAGCUCUUGGAUGGAUGUCUUGGAUGAGCCGAUGAACUUCUCUGACGAUGAAGAAACUGUACAAGAAACACCUCUGGCUCCGUUUAAGGAGACAGCACAGGUUCCUGAGGAAACGGAGGUCGUCACAAUUCAAACUAUCGUCGAGAAAGAACAAAUUCCUGAGCCUCAAAAGGAGAAGGAGAAGGUCACUGUUGUUAAAGAAGUUACCAAGUCUGAGCCAAUUGUUGAAACCGCUGUGGAUGAAACCAAGACCAUUACUACAGUCACGACCACAACAGUAACUACUGAGUCAACUACAGAAACUUCUACUCCUACGGAACCCAAGAAAGUUGAGGAACCUCAGAAGAAACCUGCAUAUGCCGGUCUGCCUGUUGACGAUUCUUCCAGCUCUUGGAUGGAUGUCUUGGAUGAGCCGAUGAACUUCUCUGACGAUGAAGAAACUGUACAAGAAACACCUCUGGCUCCGUUUAAGGAGACAGCACAGGUUCCUGAGGAAACGGAGGUCGUCACAAUUCAAACUGUCGUCGAGAAAGAACAAAUUCCUGAGCCUCAAAAGGAGAAGGAGAAGGUCACUGUUGUUAAAGAAGUUACCAAGUCUGAGCCAAUUGUUGAAACCGCUGUGGAUGAAACCAAGACCAUUACUACAGUCACGACCACAACAGUAACUACUGAGUCAACUACAGAAACUUCUACUCCUACGGAACCCAAGAAAGUUGAGGAACCUCAGAAGAAACCUGCAUAUGCCGGUCUGCCUGUUGACGAUUCUUCCAGCUCUUGGAUGGAUGUCUUGGAUGAGCCGAUGAACUUCUCUGACGAUGAAGAAACUGUACAAGAAACACCUCUGGCUCCGUUUAACGAGACAGCACAGGUUCCUGAGGAAACGGAGGCCGUCACAAUUCCAACUGUCGUCGAGGAAGAACCAAUUCCUGAGCCCCAGCAUGUGGAGGUUACUGUUGUUGAAGAAGUUACCAAGUCUGAGCCAAUUGUUGAAACCGCUGUGGAUGAAACCAAGACCAUUACUAUAGUUACGACCGCAACAGUAACUACUGCGGAACAACAGAAACUAGAGUCUCAAGAGAAACUUCAGGAAUCCAAAACAGCCGUUUCAGCCGUUCCAAAUGUUUGGGAACGGCAUUCUUCUUACGCAGACGUUUUGAGGCAUACUGUUGACUUUAUUGACUUAGAAAAGAAAAAUGUGGAAAUCCCAACUGAUUCAAAACCUACCAAGAAUUUAAAAACUGUAGAACCAAAUCUAAUCGUUGAUACCUCAAAAAAGACAAAAACUAAAAAAUAUGAAACUUCAGAAAAAAUCGAAGAACCAAAGAAUAUUUCUUCGGAUGAAAGUAAAACUGUUUAUGAUGAAAAACCGAACGUUGAAUAUACUUCAUGGUCAGCACUCGUAGACGAAGACUUAGUUGAAAAUGUUGAACCGACUCUGCCAAGUGACACUCUGUGGUCUUCUGUGGUCCGACAAGGUGCCAAGGAACCAUUUACAAAAAUAAGUCAGGAAGUUAUUCAAAAUGUCAGCGAAAAUCAAAUAUCGGAAAAGCCAGGGGAUUCAUUAAAAUCAUCAGGUAUACAAGACUUUAUCAGCCAAGAACAAAUAUUCUCAACUGCGGUAAAUAUCAAACCUAAUAGGCAAAAGGCAAAGAAGGAAAAGAAAUCUAAAGUGCAGCAACAUGCUGAGCCUGUUGUAGCAGUGACAAUAGUUGAAGAAAAGUCUCAAGAAGCUCAGGAUAUUAACUCAACACCAGCUGGAGAUGCCUCAUUAAAACCAUUAUCCUGGGCCUCUAUUGUUUCGCAACCGACAGAAAUAACUACCAAUGUAUCCGAAAGUCAUAUAUCGCACGAACCUGAGACGCAGAAACCUGUAGAAACUGUGGAAGAAAAGCCUAAUAAGACAAAGGCAAAGAAGAACAAGAAAUCGAAUGUGGUAAAUCCUGUUCUUGAAACUGUUGGGAAAACCAUUGUUGAAGUCACCGCAGUUGAAACUAUCGAGGAGCCCUCUGAGGAAUUCAAGCCUGAGCCAAAAACAAAACCAGCACCAAAACCAGUCCCUGAAGAAGCCCCGUCUCAGCCAUUGUCAUGGUCUUCAAUUGUUUCGCAAACCACCGAAGUCACUACCGAUGCUAUAACCUAUAAACCUGAACUGACGAAGCCUGUAGAAUCUAUGGAAGAAAAGCCUAAAAAGCAGAAGACGAAGAAGGACAAGAAACCUAAGAUUGAUAUUACUUCCGAGCCAGUUGUGGAAACCAUUGUUGAUGUGACAGCAGUUGAAACUGUUGAGAAGCCCAUUGAGGAAUUUAGGCCGGAGCCAGAGCCAGAACCAACACCAGCUUCUGAACAUGCCCCAUUGCAGCCAUUUUCAUGGUCUUCUAUUGUUUCGCAAACUACCGAAGUCACUACCGAUGUCAUCAGCAAUGAACCUGAACAGUCGAAACCUGUAGAAUCUGCGGAAGAAAAGCCUAAAAAGCAGAAGACGAAGAAGGACAAGAAACCUAAGGUUGAUCUUGUUCCUGAGCCUGUUGUGGAAACCAUUAUUGAAGUGACCACAGUUGAAACGGUUGAGGAGCCCACUGAGGAAUUCAAGCCGGAGCCAGAACCAGAACCAAAACCAGUCUCUGAAGAAGCCCCGUCUCAGCCAUUGUCUUGGUCUUCAAUUGUUUCGCAAACUACCGAAGUCACUACCGAUGUCAUCAGCAAUGAACCUGAACAGUCGAAACCUGUAGAAUCUGCGGAAGAAAAGCCCAAAAAGCAGAAGACGAAGAAGGACAAGAAACCUAAGGUUGAUCUUGUUCCUGAGCCUGUUGUGGAAACCAUUAUUGAAGUGACCACAGUUGAAACGGUUGAGGAGCCCACUGAGGAAUUCAAGCCGGAGCCAGAACCAGAACCAAAACCAGUCUCUGAAGAAGCCCCGUCUCAGCCAUUGUCUUGGUCUUCUAUUGUUUCGCAAACUACCGAAGUCACUACCGAUGUCAUCAGCAAUGAACCUGAACAGUCGAAACCUGUAGAAUCUGCGGAAGAAAAGCCUAAAAAGCAGAAGACGAAGAAGGACAAGAAACCUAAGGUUGAUAUUGUUCCCGAGCCAGUUGUGGAAACCAUUGUUGAAGUGACCACAGUUGAAACGGUUGAGGAGCCCACUGAGGAAUUCAAGCCGGAGCCGGAGCCAGAACCAACACCAGCUUCUGAACAUGCCCCAUUGCAGCCAUUUUCAUGGUCUUCUAUUGUUUCGCAAACUACCGAAGUCACUACCGAUGUCAUCAGCAAUGAACCUGAACAGUCGAAACCUGUAGAAUCUGCGGAAGAAAAGCCUAAAAAGCAGAAGACGAAGAAGGACAAGAAACCUAAGGUUGAUCUUGUUCCUGAGCCUGUUGUGGAAACCAUUAUUGAAGUGACCACAGUUGAAACGGUUGAGGAGCCCACUGAGGAAUUCAAGCCGGAGCCAGAACCAGAAACAAAACCAGUCUCUGAAGAAGCCCCGUCUCAGCCAUUGUCUUGGUCUUCUAUUGUUUCGCAAACUACCGAAGUCACUACCGAUGUCAUCAGCAAAGAACCUGAACAGUCGAAACCUGUAGAAUCUGCGGAAGAAAAGCCUAAAAAGCAGAAGACGAAGAAGGACAAGAAACCUAAGGUUGAUAUUGUUCCCGAGCCAGUUGUGGAAACCAUUGUUGAUGUGACGGCAGUUGAAACUGUUGAGGAGCCUAUUGAGGAAUUUAGGCCGGAGCCAGAGCGAGAACCAACACCAGCUUCUGAACAUGCCCCAUUGCAGCCAUUUUCAUGGUCUUCUAUUGUUUCGCAAACUACCGAAGUCACUACCGAUGUCAUCAGCAAUGAACCUGAACAGUCGAAACCUUUAGAAUCUGCGGAAGAAAAGCCUAAAAAGCAGAAGACGAAGAAGGACAAGAAACCUAAGGUUGAUCUUGUUCCUGAUUCUGUUGUGGAAACCAUUCUUGAAGUGACCACACUUGAAACUGUUGAGGAGCCUACUGAGGAAUUCAAGCCGGAGCCAGAACCAGAACCAACAACAAAACCAGUCUCUGAAGAAGCCCCGUCUCAGCCAUUGUCUUGGUCUUCUAUCGUUUCGCAAACUACAGAAGUUACUACCGAUGUCAUCACCAAUGAUCCUGAACCUCAGAAACCUGUAGAAUAUGUGGAAGAAAAGCCUAAAAAGCAGAAGACGAAGAAGGACAAGAAACCUAAGGUUGAUAUUGUUCCCGAGCCAGUUGUGGAAACCAUUGUUGAUGUGACGGCAGUUGAAACUGUUGAGGAGCCUAUUGAGGAAUUUAGGCCGGAGCCAGAGCCAGAACCAACACCAGCUUCUGAACAUGCCCCAUUGCAGCCAUUUUCAUGGUCUUCAAUUGUAUCGCAAACUACCGAAGUCACUACCGAUGUCAUCAGCAAUGAACCUGAACAGCCGAAACCUGUAGAAUCUGUGGAAGAAAAGCCCAAAAAGGAGAAGACAAAGAAAGACAAGAAACCAAAGGUUGAUCUGGUUUCUGAGCCUGUUGUGGAAACCAUUGUGGAAGUGACUGCAAUUAAGGAACCGGUUGAGGAACACAUUGUCGUUAAGGAAGUCAAGCCUGCGCCGGAACCUGAAUCUACAACAGUCUCUGAUGCCCCUACAUUGUCAUGGUCAUCAAUAGUCUCUCUGACAACUGUUACGGAAACUCAAAAGUCAAGUGUAUCACAAGAAAUGCAAAAAACUCAAGGCAUUCACGACUUCGUUACGCGGGAGCAAAAUUUCUCAACGAUUGUUAACGAUAAGGCGAAGAAAACGAAACCCAAAAAGGAAAAGAAAUCUGUGGAACCAAUUCAACAGCCAAGCUUUGAUUCUGUUUUUGUUUCUGAAGAACGCAUACCCCAAGAACAGCCAAAGUCAGUUUCUGAGCCGUUACCUGUACAAACCUUAUCGUGGUCAUCAAUUGUCUCGCAUAAUAUCGACUUGACUCCAACGUUUACUGAAUCGCUUUCCAGUGACUCCGGUGAUUUAAUUUCAAAACCUCAGGACCUACCUCAAGAUCGGGAAGUCAAUAUUUACGUUGCAAAACCUAAGAAAUUACCUAGAAAGGAAGCUUAUCAAGAAAUUAUUGAUACCUAUGUCUACGAGAAAAAACCAGAAAGUGAUCGUAUUUCAGGAUCAUCAACACCGGAGUUUAGUAUCCAGUUGCCAACACCUGCCAAACCAUCAGUUUGGUCAUCAUCAGAGACCUACGCCGAAGUAGUUAAAAAGUCUGGCUACACCGACAACACUAAUAUCAAAUACAAGACUGUUGAAGUGGCUGAACCAAAGGCGAUUGAGCGACAGCCGAUUGCUCCCGAAGUGCAUCCCCAAAAUGUUCUGGAAUUCCCCGACCCUGUUACGCCUUUAAGCUUACAAGUUAAAGUCGACGACUAUUCCGAAAAACCAUCCCAGUUGUCAUGGAGAGAGCUUAUAGAUGAGGAUGAUAUGGAUCCUACGGAUUCGUGGUAUCAAGAAACAAUUGUACAAGAAUCAACUAAGAAGGAACCAGAACCUGAAAGACGUUCGAGAGGCAGCGAUAAGCCAAUAAUACAGAUAACAGAAGUAUUAUCAGAGAUGAAACCGCAGCUUGAAAGUGACCAAGGAUUUUUGGAAAUCACUUCGAAGAAAAGAAAUCGGUCCCGUUCUCGCUCUCAACAGUCGCAAGUUUCAAACUGUGAUGAGAAACCGAAAAAGAAGAAGUCGAAGCAGCCAAAGCAAAAGGCACAAGUAGUUCCAUCCGUAGCACCGGUUGAAACCCUUCCAGCAAUUGAAAUCCCCAGGGAAAAAGAGUCAUUCGAUGAGAAACCUAGUAUUCCUGCGGUGAGAGAUCCUUCUCCUGUCACUGCUCUUGCUCCUAUCACUUCUGGUAUGUCGUGGGCCGCUAUAGCGGCACAUAAUGUACCCCAACCGGCACAGCAAAUUCGACUUCUUGAAGUUGAGACCAAGGAAACAGUACUAGAAGACGUAAAGAAACCAUUCAUGUCGCAUACAGUUAGCAUUCCUCUCACCCUCGAAAAGCCUGAACCGAAAACUAGGAAGUCUAAGCAAAAGUCAAAGCGCAAAUCACCAUCUGAAGUUUUGGAUUUCACUAAUGCUGAAAAAUCUAGCCAUCAAGUGAUAGUUUCCCAACCUACUCAAAUAAAGCCAACUGUCGAACAUUUUGAAACAGAGAAUAAAAACCAAACUCCUUUGGCGCCUUUUGUUGAACCUCGAGAAGAAACCGUGGAAAUUGUCGUCGAAAAAGAACCCAUUCCUGAGCCCCGAAAGGAGGAGGUCACUGUUGUUGAAGAAGUUACCAAGUCUGAGCCAAUUGUUGAAACCGCUUUGGAUGAAACCAAGACCAUUACUACAGUCACGACCACAACAGUAACUACUGAAUCAACUACAGAAACUUCUACUCCUACGGAACCCAAGAAACUUGAGGAACUUGAGAAGAAACCAGAGGAACCGAAGAAACCUGCAUAUGCCGGUCUGCCUGUUGACGAUUCUUCCAGCUCUUGGAUGGAUGUCUUGGAUGAGCCGAUGAACUUCUCUGACGAAGAAGAAACUGUACAAGAAACCCCUCUGGCUCCGUUUAAGGAGACAGCACAGGUUCCUGAGGACACCGAGGCCGUCGCAAUUCAAACUGUCGUCGAGGAAGAACAAAUUCCUGAGCCUCAAAAGGAGAAGGAGAAGGUCACUGUUGUUGAACAAGUUACCAAGUCUGAGCCAAUCGUUGAAACCGCUGUGGAUGAAACCAAGACCAUUACUACAGUCACGACCACAACAGUAACUACAGAAUCAACUACAGAAACUUCCACUUCAACGGAACCCAAGAAACUUGAGGAACUUGAAAAGAAACCUGAGGAACCAAAGAAACCUGCAUAUGCCGGUCUGCCUGUUGACGAUUCCUCCAGCACUUGGAUGGAUGUCUUGGAUGAGCCGAUGAACUUCUCUGACGAUGAAGAAGCCGUGAAAGAAACCUCUUCGGCUUCAAUUGAAGGCGUAGCACUGGAUUCUAAAAAGUCCUUGACACCUUUGGCACCUUUUGAAGAAGUUUCUGACACUGCAGUACCUCCAAGUGAUGCUGAUCCGUUUAUUUGUGAAACAUCUUACUGGUCUGCCACACUUAAGCCCGGACAAGUAUCUACAACUGUACCCACAACUGAAUCAUCAACGGAUGUGAAGGAAACUACUUCAAUUUCAGUAACCAUUCCUAUUGAUGAAGUUGUUGAAGAAAUUGCCGUUAAAUCACCAACUGACCAGCCUACUACCUGGUCGGCAAUAGUUCAAACUGAGACGAAAAUCUUUCCAGCACCCGAACAAAAAGAUGAAGUCAAGACUUCGCCUGAUUGGUCCACCGUUGUAGUGAGCAAAACUACCGACUUCCAGGAGCCCAAGUCUCUUGAAGGUGUCGAAAACUCGCAAGAGGUGACAACAACUACGACCACUUAUGUGACCACAACUGUAACAACACAUAAGGAUGCUCCCAUUGUAGAGGAAGAGCCGUCAGCAACAUCCUAUGUCUCUACAGUGGUAACUAGCCAUACAAAUGACCUCGCUUUGAACACUAUACCAGUUGUUGAAUCGACUAUUGAAUCCAACCAACCUGAAAACCUCGCCGAAAAUCUGUUCCGCGAAGGCUUUAUCCUGCGUCCUCAAUACGACUUGUUGCAGGGACAAUAUCAGCAAUUGCAGGUGGUAAGCAUUCCGGAGGAACCGGCUCCACUUGAGGUUAAGCAGGAAGUUGACACACUAGAUGAUUAUGUGAUAAUUGAACCCGAAGCUAUACCGCAACUUAAUUUCGAAAUUCUUGCUCUUAAUCUUUAUCUCGAUCAGGGUAAUCUUCUGCCCAAAUCGCGUAUAGAUGUUGAUAGCAUUAGCCAGGUCAUUAAGCUCGAAACGCCAGCUGAGGCCAUUGUAAAAACAGAACCAGUAGUUCAAGAAAUCAAGGUUAUAGAAACUCUUGAGGUAGAACCCAUUGCAGAACCUUUGAUUGAAUCCCUCCCUGCUGUAACUCUUAUUCCUGAACAAUCACAAUUCCCAAUCGAGCCCAGUAAUCUUCUCUUGCAUCUUAGCCAGGACGAUUUCGUUAAGUUAAUCAAUCACUACAGGCACACGGCAAACGAAGCUUUUGCUUUGCUGCCGGGGACAACCACAGACAGGACGAACGCUCAGGAAACUCAAGACGAUAAGCAUAAGACUGACAGCAUUACAGAAACUGUAGUGACAACCACGACGACCACGAUUACUGAUCGCGUUGUAGAAAAGACUGAACCAGAAGCAUCGUCAUUACCAAUCAUUCCUACCGCCCAACCGCCGGCAGAACCAACACCAAGCAACCUCGAUCAGCUGCGACUGAAUCUGUAUCUUGACGACUGGCAACCAACCGGCGUCGAAGCAGAUUUGUCAGACAAUUCGAUCGACAGACUGAAACGUGCUGAUUCUGCCAGUGGAGAAUCGGAACUUGACAAAGACAAGAAACUGCACCAACCCGAUGUGACUGGAAAACCCGACAAAGACGACCAUGACAGUGACGAUGACGACGACGACGAUGACGAUGAUGAGGGGGACAAGCCGACUGUGCCUGAAAUUCGUAAGCCCAACGAUGACGAUGAUAAACCGAACGAUAAAGAUCCUGGUAGCGGUAGUAGUGGUAAUGUGACCCCCACACCCGAGCACGAUGCUCAGCAAGGUCAGAACCGUAGCUGCUCAUCGGAAUAUAGGUCCGCGGACCUUCCGGGCGGUGUGGGACACUGGCGGGAUCAGAGUACUUAUCUGGCUUUAGAAGCCGAACAGCCUCAGGUGAAAUUAGGAGAUCAAUCUGUACUAACCGAAACUAAAACCACAAGCCCCGUCCCCUCUGUUCAAGCCCCUGAAACUAGCCCCAGUACCAAUACCAGUCCCCUAAACGUUGCAAACGCACUAAUCCAAUUGGCAAGCGCCACAACUCACACGCUGACCGCCAAGGCGAACGCAGCAGCAGCGGCGACACAAGCAGCAGCGAUGGUAGCAACCAGCGCUCUUUUGCCAGUUGCCACAGCCGUAGUCGAUAAGCUAACGACGACGAACACACCAGCGGAGGAGCAACCAGUUGCGGCACCAGCUGCAGCUACGGAGAUCACACAGCCGACGGCAGCAGCAUCACCAAUUGUUGCUGUCGCAGAGCCUGAGGUGGCACCAGCAUCACACACCGAUACGACAACAACCAGCUGCAGGGAGGAGGAAGAAGUGGCCGCCGCCCCCACUGACAUUGGGGAGGUGUUAAGGCGUACCACAACAACGACCACUACCGUUACGACAACAACCACAAUUGAAACGCCUUCGACAACAAGCACCACAACGACAACAACCACAAGCAGCAACGAUCUGCAACAGCAACAACGCCAGAAGGAACUAAUUGCGCUAGAACUCGACGAACUGCUACAAUCGCUCUCAAGCGUCGAGGAUGGCAUCGCGAACAUGAACCAGAGCAGCUUGGAGGGCAUGCUGCAGGGACUGAAGCUAAUCCAAAGCAAUCUCGAAGUACACGAAAGGGACGGCAGCCAGCUGAAGGCGCAGGCCAAGACCCUGCCCACGGAUCCGGCUACCGAACGUUUGCUCAACGACACAGUGGAUCGCAUUGACUUGCUCCUGCGACGCACCCAACAGGGUAUCACCAUGAUAGCGAAUGCUAUGCAUGGUCAGAAGAAGCGACAGCAGGAGAUCGACGAGUACCAGCAGCAUCUCCUCGAACUGGAGCGCUGGAUCAUCGAGGUUUCCGCUGAGCUGGCUUCCUUUGAACCCACUUCGGACAGCACCACCGAUGAGCAGGUGCUCAAGUCGCAGGUGGAGAGGAGCCAGCAGCUGCUGCGCACUCUCAAGGAUCGUCAGCAGUCCAUGGAUGAUUUGGUGGAACAAACCCGCCAGCUGCAGUCGCAUCCCGAUGUUGCUCCCUUGGCCGACACGCUGAUGGAGCAGCUGCAGAGCAUCAUAACCAUACUGCGGGAACAAAUCACAGUGGCCACCAAGCGUAUCUUUACCAUCGAAAAGCGCAUUGUGGACCUGAGAAAGGCCAAGAGCGAGGAGGCGCAACGCCAAAGAGUUCUGGCCGAUUCCCUGAUCAAGCCACCAACGGAGGCAGCCUCUGAAUCCUUGGAGUCCAAUGAGGAGAACACCAUUACCUCUAGCUCUAUGCCCGAAGAGGAGAUCAAACCAACACCGACUGGUGUGUAUGUAGAGACCCAGACUUCGCUGAGCCUAAACCAGGCUCCAGCUCCCGUGGUGACCACCACUACGGUUGAAGCUCAGACCAGCUUCAAGGAGCCCCCGCCUGUGGAGACCGCCGAGGUGGCCCUGCAAACGCAGAAAGAGCGUUCGCCGACUGAGAACAUUAUGGUGACCCAAACAGUGCAGCAUGGCAAGGAGACCAUUCAGAUCGACACCACUCGCAACCAGGAUGUGCCUGAAGAACCAGAAGAUGUGCAGAUCGAAGCUCGCUAUCACCAGCGUCCGCAGGGCGAUGUGGAACGCGCCACCGAGCUCAUCUUGAAGAACGUGCCGCAGGCAUUCGAAACCACUUUCGUGGAGCCGGAUGAGACGACCACAGAAGUGGUUGUGGGACCCGAUGGCACCAAGCACAUUGUGCUCAAGAAGAUCGUGACCCGAACUCGCCAGCAGAUAGUGCAGCAGCAGCAGAUCAGUUCCAUCGAGACCAUCAGCGACUCGGAUGGCAACAUUGAGGUGCAAUCCACGGGACAGAUUAAUCUGGAGAAUGUGCACACCAGGGACACCAAGGCUGAUCCUCAAGAAGGCAGUAUCCAGACCGUUGUCACUCAGCAAACGCGCGGUGCCUUGGUGGACGCCUCUCAGCCUGAGGCUGUGAUUCUGCAGGAGUUUGAAACGGAACCCACAAUUGAGACAUUCGAAGAGGUUAUUGUGCCGGGCUCCCAGUUGAGCGAUGUGCAAACCCAGGGCAGCAUACGAGCUGUGGUCCAUCAGGUGACCCGCAAGGUUAUACGUAAAACGCGAAAGAUCAUAAAGCGCGUUGUGAUAAUAGAUGGCAAGGAGCACAUCACCGAGGAGGUGGUGGAGGAGCCCGAAGAGGUGGAGAUAACCGAAGAGGAGACGGCACCGCACAUCAAUGUGAACAUUGUAAGGACUGUGAACGGCAAAGUGGUGUCUGAAGAGGAGUUCCAGCGCUUGAUGCAGGAGCAGGAGUCUGGCGGCCUGGUCAUCGAAGAAGUUGCAGCAGAUCCGCAGCAACAGGUAUUUGAUAUUGAGUCUAAUCAAGUCACCACCACCACAAGAACAACAGCAACCACACAAGAACAAGAACAGCCAGAACAACAGACACCACCAACAACAACAACAACAACAACAGAAACGAUUGAAAAAGCACCUGUAGAGUUGCCAGCACCUCAAGUAGAAGAUGUUGAACAACAACCCGUAGAAGUUGCCACUACCAGUCCCGUUCAUGUUCCAGCAGCGGAUGUAGCUGAACCCCAAGACUCCCCACCAGCAGCCAUUGUAGAUGAUGAUGAGCCGCAAGUGGUUGAAGAUAUCAAUGAAAUUUGGCCACUGGAACAUCAUCUAAAACCCACCAACAUAGACUUCUCCCAGCACACCGAAGAAAUUGCAGUCACAACUACAGCAGCGCCAGAAGCCGCCUCCAUGCCAGUGGAGGAGAUCUGGCCCACAAGUCCAGAGACAGGCAACUCUUUGUCUCUGGAGCAGUACGUAUUCGAGCCACAAUCGCCGCCAGAGGAGACCACGAAAUCUGAGGAUGUGGUGCAGCAAGAGACUGAGACUAAGCCUACCACUGGCAGUAUUACCAUAAUCAAGACCACAACUACCAUCACAAGCUCCACUGAACUGCCUGAGGAAACCAUUGUUCCAGCUGAGCCUGUGUCCAAGCCCAAGACUGACACUGAGAGCUUCCUGGAAGCUGAACAAUCCCUGGCUGCUGCCUUAAAAGAACAAUCUUCAACGCCAGCUGUGGAUAUCGUGGAGCUACUGCCAGAGGAAAUAGCUCCUCUCGAGGUAAAGGAAGCGCCUGUUACUGUUGAGAUUUCAACCACCAAAGUAGUGGAAACUCUACAAGAAGCUGAACCAGUGAAGUCUGCAGUCACUGAAGCUACUGAAAAGACUGAACAAACGCCUGAAGAACCCAUCACAGAACCAGAAACAGUUCCUGCACAAACUGACCUGCGGGUGGCCACCCAACUCUUUAUCUCUGGCGAGGCCGCAUCUUCACUAGCUCCGCAGAAAUCCUUCCAAAUCACCGCUCCCUCCCUGGAGGACAAUGGUGCUGGUGUGCUAAAGGUUAAGCUGGGCAAGGAAGAAGACUCUUCAACCGCUCCAGCUACUGGCAAGGUAAGCAUGACCAUUAUCGAGACUGCAGCAGCUGCUGCUCCGGUCGUUGCUGCCGACGCCAAGCGGCGUCGAAAGAAAAAGAAGAGAAGAGAUACUAAGCACGACGACGAUCUCGAGCAAGAAGAACUUCAGCCGGAGGCUGUAAAAGAGCCAGAAGUUGAGUCUGAUCUGCCCGUUUCUCCAGAGGAUUCCCCACGCGACCAAGUACGCCAUGAAUCCAUUGUGGAGAUCAGUGCCGAUAGCGACUUAUCCAGCAUUGAAAUUGACUCAAAGGUCAAGGUGGUGGAAGAUGCCCUCGUUUCAUCGCCCUCAGAGUCCCCGCGAGCACCAAUGGUUGAGUUGGUCAUACCCACAGAGGUCGUGGAGCUGGCUUUGGUUGAGGAUGAAGAGCAGCAGACCACGCCGCGGAUUCCUUCACCCAUUGAAAAAACAGAAGUCGAGCAGGAUAUCAAAUCCGUGCAGACCUCUCCAGUGCAUCAACCCACGCUGGAUGAGAUAGGCUUGCAGACAAGCCUGGAGGUGCAACCCGAUAACCAGGAGAACGAAUCCCAGACCCUGAUUGUGGAGAUUGCAGAGACUGAGGCACAGACCACGCCGCGCAGCGAAGAGAAACCCGAGACUGUGGAGCUUUCCACUACCGAAAUUCAAACGGAUGUGAGUGGCCAGCCGGCCGAGACCGUAGAGAUUUCCAGUCAAACCACUGUGACCACUACUAUUGAAAAGGAACUGCAGACCACGCCCAAGGAUUCGCCUCGUGCACCAGAGUCAGGCAGCAGCGAUGUGGUGGAAUCUUUAGUACAGGAUUUGGUCAAGGAUAUGACCACGGAUUUGCCAGUGCCCACCAGCGAACAGUCGACGGGCACAGAGACAACCACAACCACUGAGAUUCAUGUUCAGACCACAACGCCAGAGCCAACGGAGCGGAUUGAGGUCGUCAAGCCAGAGACGGUUCAUGAGGAAACUUCAACUGUGGAAUUGGUACAGGUGGCAGAUGGUGAGAUGCAGACAACGCCUCGUGGCGAUCAAGAGCAGCCUGCCUCUCUCGACGACAACUCUUUGACGGCCACUUCGAUCACCAUUUCGGAACCCUACGAGCUGGAAGUGAAGACCACAGUGGCCAUUCCUGCUGAUUCAGAUGCCUCGGUGGCUGAGCCCACGGUCUACGAGUAUACCCAGACCAUGCAGCUGCCCAAGCAGGACAAGAAAUCCAAGAAGGACAAAAAGAAGAAGCAAAAGAAUGUCCCUGAAGUAGAGCAGCUGCAGCAACAGGUUCCAGAGGAGCCGCAAAUCAGUGUAACUGUGGAAAUUGCACCCGAAUUGCUGUCCGAAUCGGGCAUUGUGGUGUCCACCAACCAGGAAAUUGAAGAGGUGCCACAUGUCACACCUGUUGUGGAGGAGACCAUCAUCGAACCAGAAGAAGACGGAAACAAACCCACAAGAGUGCAGCUGCAAAUAACCAAGACCACUGUCUACGAUGAGUAUCCCGAUCUGCCAGUUCACAUCACCGAGCAGAACAAGGUGCUCAUUGCGUCGCAGCAGCAGCAACCAGGCAAGCGGUCUGGAGCCGGACCUACUUCAUCGGCGGUGACCAUUGAAGAGGUGAGUUCUCCCACGGAAGAACUGGUGGUGCCCAUUACCCCGGGACCGGACAAUUUCAGUGAAGGACCCAGCAAUGUGUGGUUUAGUGCCACCACCAGCGUGGACAAGACACCCGUGGAGCUUUCCCAGGCUCUGAUCAUGAGCGAGAGCUUGCAGCAUUAUCCAGGACAGCAGAAGCAACCUAUCCUGAUUUCAGCAAAGGAAGCCAUUGGAGAUCGCAUUAGCAAACUUAAACAGUCAUCACCACAGCAGGCUACUCCCCUGAGCAACGUCCUCCACCUGGCCACGCUUUCGGAGCAAAUUAAGGACCUGCCCACGGAGCAACGCAUGCUGGAGGUCAGCGAAGGACUCCAGGAUCUUGAUGCUGCCAUCAAAAAGGGCGAUAAGACUGUUAUCCAAACCACCGUUAUCACCGUCAUCGAAAAGGUAUCAACAUGGCUGGAGACCAUCGAGUACCGUGUGUACCUCAUCCGCCAGAACUCCAAUGAAGGACCCUCAGAAGAGAAAUUGGACAACUAUAACCAACUCAAUGAGGAGCUGCAAACCAUCAAGCAGAAUGUCAGCCAGUUGGAGCGACAGCUGUCCCACGCAGAGCCACAGUUGCUGCAGUGCGUCGAUACUCUAAAAGAGCACGUGGAUGCCGUGGAGCAGGUAACCCAACAGAACCAAUCUCAGGAUAGCAAUGACCUGGACAAAUGGCACAGCUUUGAGCUUUUGCUAAACGAUGUAUCUUCGGUGCUGGCCAAUCUCCAGCAAAGUUAUGAUCAACUGGUCAACCAGGAGUAUCCCCUAUCCGCUAAGCUCACCCAACUGGAUGAGCUGGAGGGUCAGCAUGAGGCAGCCCAACAGCAGCUGGCACAUCUUUGCCAGAAAGCCCGAGCCUUCCAGCGCGAUUUCCCUGGCAAAAAGAUGCCGCAGGAUGUGCACAAUGCUUUCGAGACAAGCAAGAACAUUGGCAACAACAUUCAGGCGGAAAGAGAUCGUCUCCUGCAGUUACAAUCUCUGGCGGAGGAGUACGAGCAGACCCUCAAGGAGUUCACCAAUAUUACAGUUCUGGCUGAUAAGCUAGUUGAGAGCCCCAUAGUUUCCAGUUCCCUGGAGCAGCUGAACAACGAGGUGCAGAAGCAGCGCAAGUUCUUUGUGAAUCUUAGCCACUGCCGAGCCAUGUUGGAGUCCCUGGAGGAGAACAUCGACAGUGAAACCCGCGAGAAGCACUCCGAACUGCACAAGGAGCUCUACAACAGGGCCACUAUACUCCUAGACAAGGCCUCGGAGAGAUCUUCCAAACUAGUGCAGGCUGCCUCCCGCUGGACUGUCCUGGAGAAGGGCAUGCGCGAUGAGUUGCAGUGGCUACAGGUGGCCCAACAGCGAGUACCGGAUCUGUCAGCCGUCACAUCGGCGGACUACGAUCAGUACACCACACUUUACCAGUCCCUGAGCAAUGAUAUUUCCCAUCAUUACGUGAAGAUGACGCAGCUUUCUGGAAUAGCCAACAAAUUGCAGCAGCUGGUCCAGGCCCCCAAUCUUGUGGAGGAAACAAACGAAGCCCUAAUUGUGCUUCUCAAGCUUCGCGAGGAGGUGGCCCUGUACCUGCAUCGCCUGCUGGUCUUCAAGGAAAUCUGGGUGCAGUACGAACAGCAAACGGAUAAGCUGGAGGCCUUCGUUCGCGAGGCUGAGCAGGAGCUGCGACAAAUCCAGAUACCUGCCCAACCCACCCAACAGCCCAUCGAGCACAUGCGUCAGUUCUGGGAGAUCAAGGCCCGCUUCGAGCUGCAUAACAAUGUGCGAACCGAUGCCGGUCUGAGCUUUGAAAAGUCCCUGCAGGUCAUCCCCCUGGCCGACGAGAUGCUUCAGCGGCAGUUCCAUGCCCAACUGGAGGAUCGCUGGCAGGCCGUGGCCCAGGCCAUCGAACUCAUUCAACACAACAUUGUCGAGUGCCUGUCAUCGGAAGAUGUGCCAGCGGAUGAGAAGCUCAAAAUGGUGGAGCGGGAACUGCAGGAGAUCUACCUGACCAUGACCAGCAUGAAGGGUGUGAUCAAGAACGAGGAGGAACUGUGUCUGUACAUUGAGCGCGUUCAAGUGCUGCGCACACGCGUGGGCUUCAUCGGCAACGAGCUGGGCAGGAUUGGUCUGCAGGAGCCUGCCAUUGAGCCGGAAAAGGUUGGCGAACUCUUUGCCCUGUCGCACAAGAUCAGCACCCAGAUAGCCGAGGAACUGGAGGGAGCCUCAGUGCUGCGUGAGCAACUGCAGGCCAUCCAGGAGGGUAUCAGCAACCAACGAAAACACCAGGCCCAGAUCUCUGUUAUCCUAGAUGAAUGCGAGGCUGCCGAGCGACAGGGAGCCGAUGUUCUCGAAAAAGCCGUUGCCGAUUGCCAGGGCGUUGGUGAGGAGCUGGUGACCAGCUGGCAGGAGAUCAUGCGCAUCCGCCAGAUGCUGCACACCCUGCCCAUGCGCCUCAAGAUGUCCGUGUCGCCCGUUAAGCUGGAGCGGGAUAUCUCCCAGCUCCAAGACGACCAUGCCUUCCUCGAGAGCAAGUGCACGAAUAUCAUGGGCAUCUUAAGGAAUCGUCUGGCCGUCUGGCUGCGCUACGAACGCCAACUGGAAUUGGUUCACGGUUCCGUCCAGGAAACCGACUUCAUGAUGGAACUGAUUCGGGUCCACGGCCAAGUGGACUACGAGCGCCUGCGUAAGGCCACGGAACGUUUGGAGGGAUUGGCCGGCGAUCUACACAACCGCGAGCAACUGAUCGAUGAACUUAAGGGUGCCGCCAAGCCGCUGAUCGAGAGCUGUGAUGUCCAGAUUGUCGAGCAGAUAGAAUCGGCCGUCCAGGAGGCAGUGGUCGCCUGGAAUGAUACCAGUGGCAAUCUACAGCAGUUACGCACACGAUACCAGAGAGCCGUCGAGCUGUGGGACAAGUACCGCAACGCCUCAGCGGCUGUCAAGAGUUCGAUUGACCAGCAAAUGGAUACGGUCAAGUCCCUAGAGCAGCCAUUGGAUGCCCUGCAGCACGCCAAGGUAUGCCAAGAUAGCCUAAGCACCCAGAAUGACAGAAUCUUGGAGCUGCGUGACAUUGUGGCCAAAAUAGCCGCCGAUGUGGGUCUAGAUGCCUCGGCCCUAAUGCAGGGCGAACUGGAUGCUCUGGGUCAGCGUUUAGCCGAGUGCAAGGAUGCCAUUACCACCCUCGCAAAUGUGGCUGAAACGCAGGACAAGGAGCGCAAGGAACUCGAUAAGGAGGUGGCCCUAGCCAAGUCCUACUUCAACAAUGUACAGCAGGACAUUGCUCGCGAGCCACCGCAAAAUCCCAAGGAAAGCGAGGAGCAGUUGACCGCCCUGCGAGCCCAUCUCCAAACUUUGGCCAGAACAGAAGAGCAACUGCGACAGCUGAAGGAGCGCCAGCAGAAGAAUGAAGUGGCUCCCUCAGUCUCUGGAGCUGAUGACGACGGUAUACUGGAGGUUCUAGCCAUGUGGCAGAAGAUAUUCCAGGAUACAUUCCAGGAGUACCAUCGCUUGUCCACGCGUCUUGCCCGCAGCCAGAACAGUUCGGAGGCCUUGCGUCUUUGGAGACAAUAUCUCCAGCAUGUGCAGUCCUUCCUCUCCUGUGCCAUUCCCGAGGAUUACAGCAGUCUGAGGGAACAGCAGCAGCUGUGUGCCAUCCACCAAAACUUGCUCAUCUCGCAGCAAAGUGUGCUGGCCGAGACGCCACUGGAAUCGGAGCUCUCCGAGCAGUACAAGGCUCUGACGAACCUGCACAAUGAGACCCUCUCGAGGAUUAUGCAGCGCAAUGGUGAGCUACAGCGGCGGGUGAGUGGCUGGAAUGCCUAUCGCCAGCAGCUGGAUGCCCUUUUGGACUGGCUGCGUCAGCGAGAGGCAGAGCGAAAUGGCCUACAACUGCGUUACAUACACCUGAAGCGAGUGCCCCACCUGAAGAACCGCCUGGAUUCUAUGAUCCAGCAGCUGGACCAGGGAGAACAACAGAGCAAGGUUCUGCAGGAGCAGCAGCAAGAGAUGGCCAAGCACUGCGACGAUGCCCUGGCCACCGCCAUGCGCAUGGAGCAGGCCAGCAUAGGCCAGCGUAUCAAUAACCUACGUGCGGCGCUCAAGACCUGGCAGGGUUUCCUCCUCCGCGUGACCCAACUCUCGGAGACUUACGAGCUAAGGGUGCAGCAAUUGCAAAAGGAGUUUGGAGCAGCCCAGAGGCUGCUGGAUUCGAAUAGUGAAGAAUCUGCACUGCCCACCCAGCCGGCGGCCAUUGAGCAGCUGCUGGGAGCCUUGCGUUCCCAGAGAGUCCAGCUGGGCGCCCAGGUGCCCGCUCUGGAGAGUCUCACUGUGACCCAGGAGGAACUCAAGGAGUGCAUCAGUCCGCAUGACAUGAAGACCAUACGCCAAAGGAACUGGCUGCUCUGGCAGCAGCACGCCGAUCUGGACUACCAGCUGGCUAACCUGAUAAACUCCAUCGAGGAGCGUCUGUCUCUGCUUUCAAACUACCAAAUCCGCUACGAACGCAUCUCCCAGUGGCUGCAGCGCCUGGAGCAUCGUGUGGACCAGGAUGCGGAUGUCACAGCCUUGUCCAAUCCUGAACAGGCAGCCAAGCAGCUGGAGCAGCAAAUCAACUCUGAGCUGCAGCUGCGCGACAAGGAACGCGAGUGGCUUUUGUCCACUAGUCGGGAACUCCUCACGCUGUACUCGGAGCCCGAGGUCCGAACCCAGGUCCAGCAGCAGAGCGAUGCCCUCAUCGAUCGCUGGCAGCGCCUGAAAUAUCUGUGCAAGCAGAAGGCCACCAAGAUCGGGGAACUCAAGAUGACCUUGCUCCGCUUGGAGGAGCGCAUUAUCCUGAUACGCUCCUGGCUUUUCGAGGUGGAAUCCCAACUGGACAAGCCGCUGAACUUUGAGAGCUACACCCCCAAUAUCAUCGAGGCCAAGCUGAAGGAGCACGAGCAAAUACAGCGCUCCAUUGAGCACCACAGCAGCAAUGUGGGCGAGGUCCUGAAUCUCGUGGAAAUGCUGCUGAACGAUGCGGACAGCUGGCGCACUCAGGUCAACACCUCCGGACUGGCGGCCUCUGCUCAAAAUCUCGAGCAGCGUUGGAAGAACGUGUGUAGCCAGUCGGCAGAGCGCAAGGCACGCAUCCUGACCACCUGGAAUCUCCUCCAGCAGCUGAUCAAGCUCACGGCCGAACACAAGAACUGGCUGGGCAAGCAGGAGAGUCAGCUGGCGGGCUACGAGCGGGACCGCAAGUCAAGCAGCAAGCAAAAGCUGGAAGAACGCCAGAAGGAACUGAGAGCCAAGCUGGAGGAGCUGGAAAGCCAGUCGGUGAAUCUGCGCCAGCUGGAGCAGAUCUACGCCAAGCUGACCUCCAGUGCCGGCGUGGAGCCAGAGAACAUCCAGAAGCUUACGCUGCCCACCAAGGUGAUGGUGAGCAUGUGGCGCCAGUUGACGCCCCGCUGCCACGCCCUGCUAGAUGCCAUUGACAAAGACGCCAAGCUGAUGCGUGAGUUCAACAAUGCCCAACAGGAGGCCACCAACUCGCUGAAUGCCAUACAAAAGGCCCUGGAACAAUUGCCCAGCGUGGAGGACCAGCAAAACUCCAAAGCAGAGCCAAAAGUGGUGCUUCAACGCCUGGAGAGCCUAGAGAAGAAGCUGCAGGAUGCCCAGCAGCAUGUACAGCAGGCGGAUAGCUUGGCCCAGGAGGCCAAGGCCAGGACCAAGGAGCAGCCACAGCACAAGCAAUUGCUGGAACUGAUCACCGCCUACACCACCCUCUGGCAGUCUGUGCAGACCCGCAUCGUGACCCUCAAGACCACUUGGCUGGCCAGAGCCGCUCAAGCAGCUGCCGCCGCAUCUCGUGUUGUGCCUGUGAAUGAGGCAGCCAAUGCCGCUGUCCAGGUGAAUACCCUGUCUCAGAGGAAACUUCGCCAGGCCCAGCAGAUGCAGCGUGAGACCUCCAUCACCGCCAAGGAUGCCUACAUUAUGGAACUGCAGACAGCCAUCACGGAGUGCCAAAAUAAUCUGGAUGAGCUGCAGCGCACGGUGGCGGACAAGACCCGCAAGCCGGGACCACAGAAGAUAGCCAAGCUGCUGGGCAAUGCCCAGUCAUCCACGGAGCUGGUGAAGCAUCUCAGCCAUUUGCUGCUCACCGAGUGCCAGGCGGACAACCAGUCCGCCCAGGUGGACACCGUGGCAGAGCUCACGUUGCGCUUUGACACAUUGCAGUCGCAGUGGAAGGCGCGACAGCAGCACGAUCAAAAUGCAAGGUGCCACCUACCUGCAUCCUACAAGUACAACUGCAUACACGAGGUCGGCCGUCUAACGUGUCCGCUCUGCACGCAGCGUAACUGGCAGCAGAUCGACAACGAUCUGUGGCGCCUGGAGCAGUGGCUGCAGUUCGCCGAGAGCACCCAAAAGGCCCAGUCGGCUCCGCCCUCGAAUAUCGAGCUCCUUGAGGAUGUCACCCAAGAUCAUCGCGAGUUCCUCUUGGAUCUGGAGAGUCACAAGUCCAUUAUCUCGUCCCUCAAUGUCGUCGGCGACCAUUUGGCCACUCACACCUCGGAUACCGAAAAGGCGCGACAACUUCGUUCGCGCCUGGAGGCCGACAAUGAACGCUGGAACAAUGUCUGCAUAAAUGCCACCAAAUGGCAGGGUCUGCUCCAGACCGCUCUUAUGGGCAACAGCGAGUUCCAUCAGACCAUCGAUGAGCUGGUGGACUGGCUACAGCGCACCGAGCAGAACAUUAAGGCCUCGGAGCCUGUGGAUCUCACCGAAGAGCGUUCCGUGCUCGAGGCCAAGUUCAAAAAGUUCAAGGAUCUGCGUGCCGAGCUGGAACGCUGCGAGCCGCGUGUGGUGAGCCUGCAGGAUGCGGCCGAUCAGCUGCUGCGCGAAGUCGAGGGCUCACAGCAGCAGUCGCAGCACACCUACGAAAGAACCCUUUCCAGAUUGACCGAUCUCCGCCUGCGCCUGCAAUCCCUGCGCCGCCUAGCCGGCAUCUACAUAGUCAAGCUGGGCGCUGUUCUGGGCUACGAGGGCGACUCUCUUGGUGUGCCGCUGCACAUGUUGUCGAGCGAGCUUUUGGAUAAUACUACAUUAUCAACCUCUUCCAUGCAGGCCGCCGCACCCAACACAGAAAAUGCAAACAACACCGAUGGCGUCGAUGCUGUCGAUGGCGAUGUCAUCAAUACCACGGUGCUGGCGCGCAGUGCUCGGUUCCUAGGCCGCGUUGCCCGUGCCUCCCUUCCCAUACAGGCGCUCAUGCUGCUGCUUUUAGGUGUGGCCACUCUGGUGCCCCAAGGUGAGGACUACACCUGUAUGUUCUCAAACACCUUCGCCCGCAGCCUGGAGCCCAUGUUGUCAUAUCCCCACGGUCCGCCGCCCACCUAGGCUAGUGGCAGCUCCUGAAAGAACAAACCCCUGACCUACCCUGAACAUUAACAGAACUAAUCGAGAGUGAAGAACACAGAUAACCCAAUAAGAAAUGCCUUUUUGUAACUAAAUUCCUGUAAAAACGAUCGCACCCAAGUGCGUGGGAAAAAUUCAAGAACGUUGUACAUUUUGUGUGUAGUUAUCACAUUUUAUAAUUGUAUGUAAUUUUAUAAUGAUUUAAUAGCUAGAGGCAUUAAUAAAUCAAAAUUAAUUUGUACAUAACCCAGACAGACUCGACGAGAAGAACAAAAACACUAUAUGAAAAUGAAGAAUAAUGAAUACAAAGAAACUACUAAACGAAAACUAACGAAACCCUUUUGUAAAACGAUAUAUACAUUAUACAUAUAUAUUUGCACAGCAAACAAUUUAUAUAUUCAUAUAUAUACCCAACAUAUAUGAUCCCAAACUAUAUAAAGAGAAACCCCAACAUUUUGUAUAUAAAAGAAAAAGAGAUAACUAAGCUUAAACGAAAUCAAAAAAUACGCACACGAAAAUUUUACUCAUUGACGCACGUUGAUUAUUUCUAGAGAAAGCUCGGUGGCAGCCAGGGGGAUUGUGCUCGGAGCUCUGCAAAUUUCGUGGAACAUUUUUGCAGGAACCCGAACACAACAUCCUAGCUACCAUCCAUUGGCCUGAAAAAGAUAAAACCUCAAGACAAAUCAUGACCCACAUAGACCAAUCGUCCGGAGAGCUAUUCGUCCAUCGUUGUGCCUUGUGUAUUGCCCGGCCUUUCUCCCAAAUUCAAGGCCGGGCUGUCGAUGAGUGGCAAUGGUGACCGUUUAGACUUCUUCGGCAUUUAAAGCCACCUUGCUCAAGGAUAAUUCUGCCCCAUGGCCAAGCUCUCUCCCAAGGCCAGGGGUUAGAAAGGAAUUUAAACCGUAGUAGUAGACCCGCCACAGGUCUCUCUAAACACCCGUUCUGAUCCUUAAACUCGAACUCUGGCAAACGGUGGCUAGACAUUUCAAGCAUUCCUGAUACUCAUUUCCAAAUUACCAUAGACAUUGUUUAACCCAGGCCAAUCCUCUCUAGAUAUAAGCGACGUGCGUGCCGCGAGCAUUGAACAAAACGAAGCAAGUGUCCUAUGCCGGUGCUAAACCAACCAACAAAUUUUCUAUAUAAAAAGAAAAGCUGUAAAAUGCGUAUACAAAAAUGAAAUGAAAUUUAAAUAAUGAGAAAUGAAUGAAAUGAAAAACAAAAAAGAAAAAUCAUUAAAAAAAAAUCGUAAAAAUGCAAUUUGCAUAUAUAGACAAGUGGCGUUAGUCCAUCCAGUAAAAAAGUAACCUAUUUUGUUGUUAAUAUUUUUUGAUAAACCCUAAUUAUAUAUACCUUUGCCUUAUACUUAUCCAACUUGUUUAUGACUAUUUUUUAUUAUUUAACGCCUGAGCAAUUAUUGAGAAAAAUACAUACAUUUAUUUAUUAGAAUAUAUGCGAUUUAUUAUGUAUUUAAUUAAGUUUGAUUUAACUGUUAAAUUUGUGUAAUCUGCUGCUUCUAUCUGGUUAUUAUCAAGCCACGCGCGCCGUUAUCCAGUUAAUAUAAUUUAUGUAGCAUUUUAAGAUUUCCUUUCUUGUGAACAACUGUACCUUUAUAUGCAUUAUGAUUAUUAAAGAAAAAUUACAAAAUAA